AGCUCGUCACAGUGUCUCCCGUUGCUCUGUAUUUAUAAAGCGCCCCGGUGCGCGGAGAGGCACAAGCAUGCCUCGUCUCUAGAGAGGCAGAGCGCGUCGCUGUGACUUGGAGACGUUUUUUUGGAUGAAAGACUUGUGCAGCCGCUGCUGAGGAAGCGCAGGAGUUUUAUCCCAAAGUUCACUGCAGCAGGUCGUUGUGACAGCGACCUUGUUCUCAGGGGUGAGUUUUUGAAUGUUUUAUUGCACAGUUUCUCUUUAUUUCUGUCUCUUUGUGGUAUAAAAAGAUGCGCAUUCCCUUGCUGGAUGAGGGUGCGGGAGAGCUGUUAAUGAGAACGGCUGAAGCUCCGCAGAACUACUGUGCAAACCUUUGGCUAAGAUAAAGAUAAGAUGGUCUUCAUUAAAAAUAGACCUUUUGCAUACAAAAUAUGAGUUAUUACUUUUGUUCUGUUGAGAAAAGAUGUAGCCAGAACUUGUUGCUUGGUGAAACACGACCAGUUAAGGCUCGGUGGGAACAUGUUGUGCAUUUAUUUGCAGAUUGUUAUAAUAAGGAAAGCAUUUUGAAAUGAAUCUUAUCUUUUCUGACACAUCUAUUGAGUUCCAGCUGUUUGGCAUUUUGAAAGUUUCUUUAGAGGAACUUAAAAUAAGUCUCUGGAAUUUCUUUGCAUCCUUGAUAAAUAAACCGUUUAAAUAAAGACACUCAUAGAUUUCCCUUAAAUGUAACACAGGUGUUUUUCUGUUUUGUUCUUUUUGGCUAUAUUGCUCUUGGGGCUUUUUCACAAUAAAAAAUAUAGAGAAGGGAGAUGAUGGUUCAUACAAUCAGGGACUUGUAGCUAUUUAUAACCACCUGUUUUUUUCAGAUCUUAAUCAUUUCAAUGCUCGUAAAAAGUAGAAAUCAGUUUUCCUAGAUUGUUUUAUGGCUCUUGCAUGUUAGUUUCUAACCGCACCUCGUUUGAAUGGCGAAUUGCCAGAUUUACCUGUUGGGGAAAAGCAGGGCUACUUUCUUACCAAGGUAUAACGACCAACCAGUUCCACAAUCACUUAAUGCAGAUUUGACACAGUGCACGAAAGAACAGACUGAAUAAAAGAUCCCAUUAUUUGUUUUGGUCUGUAAGGAUACAGCUGUUCUUUAGAGAGGGAAACUGCAGUUCAUAUUUUCAAAUCGACAACACAAGAAAAGCAGUUCAAAACUUUGUGCAAAAGAGUUGGGAAACCAACAAGUUUAAAGGUUUGACUGAGAAUGUAUUUAUAGCUGGGUGUCAGAUUGUCAGCAUUGUGUAAUGGUGCAUUUGAGAGCACACUAACAGAAUUUGUGGAAUCUACAUGAAGUUUUCGUCAUCAAAAUGUAGACUGCUGUAUUUUACUGUAUUAACCAUAUUCAGUUAUAGGAGAAAGAGAAUCAUCACGGACGCUGCAGCAAUGUAAGAAAAUGUUCAGACCUACAUAUUUCAAUCAGUAUUCACAUCCGGUUUGACUUACAUCUUAUCUUAGUGGGGUGCAGCUACAAAGAGUUGGGAUUAUAGGGUCAGUCUAUGUAAAGUUAUUCCUGCGCCCGGGGACAGUUUAGUCAAUAUUUAUGACCGCGCGGCACUGUUACCUACACCCACGCGCAUAGGAUCCGACCCUCUCCUCUGAAUGUGUGAUUUCACUGCUUAUGCUAAGAACCAGAGGAUACAGAGUAAACCUGGUUGAAAUACGGGACUGUUAACACUGCUAAGACAACAGAAAAAUACUUAGUGAUUAUCGUGAGAGUUAGAGUUUUUCUUAUUUGGCUGAAGUUGCUUUAACAUAUACGCGUCAUGACACCUGUGGCAGAGGAGCAGACGUGACUAAACCUUUACAUGAUCGAGACAGCAGCAUUCAGACACCGAGCGCUGUCCUUGGUCCUGAACUAUCCCCUUUGAUUGCCGUGUGCCUGCCCCCUCUUACAGACGGAGUGUUUUUCCCCCCACGUACUGUACAUACUAAACGAAGCCACCCACGCUGCCAGAUGAAACGAUUUCAAAGAAAAACUAACACGCAUCAGAGGAAAUGACGGAUUAUUUCAGCGUCUGGUAAAAACGGGGCCAGAGGAGUGCCUCUUUUUUUCCCCGUAAAGUUUCAUUUCAAGUGAAGAGACUAUGAGGCACACGGUGGAAUAAUAGCGCUUGGGGACCCGAGGCGAUGGACUUGAAUCGCAUGCUCUGUGUGAUUUUCGCAGAAGAGUUACAGAGUUUAGCGUUUGCUCCUCUAAUUUUUAUUAUUUAUGUUGUAGGAUUAUAUGCAAUCAUAUAGAUAUGGAAAGUUAUAGUUUGAAAAGACUUUGAACUCUCUACAAGUCUUUGCCUUCCAUCUUGAGUGUGUAAAAACGGACUAAAAAAUGUAUUUGACCUAGCUUUUGUUUUUCGAUUGAUAAAACUAUACUGGAGGAAGAAUUCAGGAGUAAAGAUGGUCUUAUUCCUGGUAAUAAUUCUUCAUUAUUGUGGAAGUCCCGCACUCAAGUUUGCCUAUACACAAACUGUUCAGCAUAUCAUAAUUCCAUAAACUCCAAAUGGAAUUAUGAUAUGCUGUCUCCAAAGCUUAAGGAGUUUUUUGACAUUCAUCAAAUUGACUGAAAUUCAUAUUGAUGCCCUUUUGUGAUUUUCAAUUGCAAACAAGACCAUGACAAGAGUGACAGUUUUGACAUUGUGAAUUUUUAUACCUGAAACUGAUGUGAGCAGGGAAGGCACUAGCAAGCAGCUGAAGAAACAGGCUGUUUUCACAGUUUCUGUAUAAAUUAUUCACAAAAAAAGGUUUACACAAGCUAAAGGUUCCUAAUAGGAACUUGAAAGUGUAAAAACUACUGCAAUCAAAGGGAGCUCAUGACUUAAGAUGUAGAAUUGGCCCUUUUAUGAAAUGAAAUACAAGUGAAAUGUUAUUCAAAACAGAGAUAGAAACAAAUAUAUCCCAUACUUCUGUAAAUACUCUGUACCAGUGGUACAGAGUAUUUACAGAAGGUGUAGAAACAGAGGUGAGCUAGUGUUUGCCAUCGAGAAAUAACAGUGUUUAGUCACUGUUACAUUACUAUAGGAAACCAGAGGGCCUGACUCGUUUGAUUAUAGAUGUUCACAUCUGUGACAACUUUGCGUUCAUGGCUCAACUGUGCUUUGUUAUCCUUUUUAUAUUACCUUAUGAACGCAUUUAAUGACUCAUGUACCCUCUUUGACUUAUGUAAAAUUGACACACUGUGUAAGCAAAUGAUGCAGUCAAGGUAAUUUCUUCUAAAAGUAAUAGGACUUCUGCUUCCUUUCCUCUUCCCUCUCCUUCUGUUGCUUUUCAGAAACAUCCCUGGGGACUCACGAACACUCACACGCAACCACACAUUAACAAUCACACACAGGCACCAUGCAGGAGUCAGAGCCCACAGUGUGCCAGCUGCAGCCCAACAUCAUCUCUGUGCGUCUUUUCAAGAGGAAGGUUGGCGGUCUGGGCUUCCUGGUGAAGCAGAGGGUGUCCAAGCCGCCUGUCAUUGUAUCUGACCUCAUCCGUGGUGGUGCAGCGGAGGAGUGCGGCCUUGUGCAGGUGGGCGACAUUGUCUUGGCGGUCAACAACAAGCCCCUGGUGGACCUGUCCUACGAGCGAGCCCUGGAGACACUGAAGAAUGUGUGCCCCGAGAGCCACGCAGUGCUGAUCCUCCGGGGGCCUGAGGGCUUUACCACCCACCUAGAGACUACUCUGUCCGGGGACGGCCGGCAACGCACAGUGAGGGUUACACGGCCCGCCUUCCCGCCUUCAAAGUCCUAUGAGCACUGCUCCCCUCUGAGUCCCUUCAGCCCUGGGCAGCAGCAGCAGGUCAACAAGGAGCCCCAGCUCAGAGCCAUUGAGAACCUGUCCUCUCCGUCUAUCACCCAGUCCCUCCUGCAGAGGGGAGGCGUGCAGACCCAGGACCCCCUGCUGCUGAGAGAUGGGGGUCGUGGAGCCCUUCUGUGCAAUGGGCUGGAGGAGAACAACGAGCUGCUGAAGGAGAUCGAACCAGUGCUGCGCCUCAUCAAAAACAGCAAAAAGGAGAUCAAUGGAGAAGGCCAGAGGAAUGCGGGAAGGAGAGAUGCCCAGAUUCAAGUGGCCUGGUAAUUUGUGAUGUGAUACUACUUUAUUGAUCCCUCAGUUUAAGUGCCUUUGUGCUUUUCCACCUCCAUAUGCAGGCAGGAGUUGGAGAACAGGUAGAUUAGACUCAAGAUAUAGGUCAAGGACACUUCAACAAGCUGGUUAUGAACAGACAUAAGAGCCUGCACCUGGUCCCCUUAUUAAAAUAAAGUCUCUCUAUACACACUUUGUCAGCCUGUAGUCCCCAAACUACGUGACCCAGCUGGGUCGUCUGAGCAGACUGGCUCUCAUUCAUCUUAUACGACUCACAGUGCCAGGUAAUUACUGUCUGUACACUGGCCUCGAGCAAACCCCAAUUAACAUGAUAUUGGUUAUCAGUGUUUUUGGUGCUUUUCGUUAAUGUAACCUGCUUAACAUCAGUUCAUGUAAAAACAACGUUGCUCAGCUUUGGGAGUUAUUCAUCAUUAAAAGUAAACUUCUUGUUUGGAUUAGGUUUAAGGUCAUUCAGCUUCAUCUUUGUCUGAGAUUGCUUUCGAAAUCUGCAUCUGAAAAAAAUCGCAACCCACCCAGAUUUGAGGAAGUUCUGCUGCAGUUCAUAUUUUAAUACUUGAGGACAUUAGCUUCAUCAGUAUUGAUGCCAGCUUCCAUAUUAAUGUGACAUUAAUAAUUAGACCCCAAUUAGCAGCCUGUCACACAAAGCUUAUCACAAACCCUUCAUUACACUGUUUUAAUAAGCUCUGCGAAAACAAAACCUCUCCCGGUCUCUCUUGUUCGUGGGGGUCAGCUGCAGCAGUGUCUCAGCAAGCAAGAUGUUGAAUCAUGAAGUUUUAUAGAUUUGACAUGUACUUUAAGUACCAUUCAAUGAAGAAGACUCACAAAGGUUUGUUUGAAAUAUUUACUCCAGACUGUCUCGUAAUGAUCCCUCAGAGUCUUCCCGUCUCUGUCUAAAUGCUCUGCGCAGCGUUCUGUUGAUAUUGGCGUCUCAGUUAUCUGCUGUUCUCCUCCCACGUCCAAUUGAAAUCUAAUUGAGGCUACAGUCUCCUUGAAUCAAUAGCCAAUCCUCCUCUCCUGUUUAUAAAUACACUUUGGGUGAUACACUAUAAUCUAUGGAGACAUGAAGCUUUAAAAAAAAACCUCUAAAUAUGAUUGGUGAAGUAAUGCUAAAAUGCCUAUUUUAAACAGGACAACCUUUGUACUGUAAGGAUGAGUUUGGAGCCAAGCUAAAAUUACUCUGACAUUUGUUCAGCAUCAAGACGAAAGCAACUAACUCAAUUUCAACUCCUGUUUCAGCUUUGGAUGUAGGCUUCCUGAAGCCCUUGUAUGUGGGGACAGGUUGAGAACAGAAUAUGCUCCUUUGUCCCUAUCCCCUCUGUGCAAUUACAUAUCUGAGGUUACUUCUGAGGGACAAUUUAGAGAGCAGAAUACAACUCAUAGCUUGUUUUGAAAUAGGCGGAUGAUGCUCAGAGUCUGUGGUGGAUGACACAUACUACUCUUGUUGUUUCUGCAUAUCUGAACUCCACCUUUGAUUAAGAAGAUUGAAGGGAUAAAUAUGCUCCCACAAAUUGCAGCAACUAAAGAGAUACAGUGUGAAAGGGAGUGUGAAAGAGGGAAGGGAUGCCUGCAAGGAUUCACAAUUAACAUGGUUGUGUGCACACGAGGAAGACUGGAGGAGGGGGUGACUGUGAAAGACAGCGAUGGGUGAUAUACUGUAUGUGUGGGCGUUUUCAAUAGGAAGGGAGCGCAAACUUGAAGUCACUCAUACGUAUAUCAGUUUGCUAAAUUUAUUCAUUUCUCUUGUGGUUUGCCACAGCAGGAGAACAGAGACGUUUCCACCCCCUAAAUCUCCAAGGACUGAAUAGUUACAGCUCAGAGUGAGAUCUCUCAUUUCACAUCUUGUUCCUCUUCAUCUUUGGGGCACGAAUUCAGCUGUUAAAAAAAUAAGAGCUGGAUACUCAUCAGCCAUAUGCAGACCCAACUCCAUAGGAGUUAGGAUGUUUUGAAAGAUGUUUUUAAAAACUGAUUUUGAUGACAUGCAAAUAUUCUAAACUGUAUGCUUAAUUUCAAAUUGUGCAAAUUCAUCAUCAAAAAUUGGUUUAGAUUCCAGCAAUAUAUUUCAAACAGGUCAGGACAAGGGCAUGUUUACCACUAUGUUGUAUCAACUCUUCUUUUUACAACACCAGACCAGUUCCUGUAGUUUUGAAAGUCUAAUCUUGUCCUGAUACAGGAUUGCAGCUGUGUCAUGUGUCAUGAUAUGCUAAAGAUUAUUAAUUGGUUACAAUUCAAGACUACAGGCAUGCCACUGUAGCACCUAAACUCUUCUAUGAGUGAGCUGUGCUGUUGUAAUAUGUGUGGACUGUAAGUUGACAUCGUCUGGCUGAAAUAUGAAGGUCUUCCCUGAAAAUGGAACAGCCUGAAUGGCAGCAGAUGUUGCUCCAAAGUUUGUUUCAUGCAGCACUAAUAGAAUAGAAUAGAAUAGAAUAUUCCUUUAUUGAUCGCCCAUGGGGGAAAUUUUUUUGUCACAGCAGCAUCACAGACAAGCCAAAAAGUGCAAAAAUGCAGUUAUAACAAUGGUGCUUUCCCAGAUGUGUAAACUGGUCAUAUCAUAUGAACUCUUUCAUACCAUCCUGGUUACUAGCUACGCAGUCUCUCUCCUCUUUAGAAAAUCUUUGACUUUUAGAAGGAGUGUCCAUUUUUGUUUGAUCAGACCACCUGACAGUCUUUUGCUUCACCUCAAUCCCCUGCAUUUAUGGAUAAAGUGACAAACUGUUUCCAAAGUCAGCAGGUUUUGGAUGGGUGUUUGAGCCCAUGCAGUGACUUCUACUCCAGAGUCGUAUCUGUUUUUAAUGCAGUGCCAACUCAAAGAUCACAGCCAUCUAGAAUCAGUCAACAGUUUUGUCCUUAUGGAGCAGAGAUUUCUACAGAUUCUCUGAAUGUGUUUAUGUUAUGUGUUUACUAUUCACCACUGUUAGUGAAACCCUCAAGUUCUUUGUACUGUUACACUCAGGAACGUUGUUCUGCAUUUGCUGGACUUUUCCCUUACUCAGUCUCUUGGAGAGUGGUAAACCUCUACUUCACUUCUGAGAGACUCAGCCUCUCUGGAGUGCCCUUUUCAUACCUAGUCAUGUCACUAACCUGUUGCAGAAUAAUACCCCGCUCCAGUGACCUCAGAAGUUGAAUGUCUGAGUUGGGAAUGAAAUUACACUUGAGUUGAUGGUGUUCCAGUUAACAAGUCUGAAAACCAAGAUAGGUGCCUGCCAUUGUUAGCUGUUUUUAGCUGUUGUAAGCUGUAUUUAACUGUUGUUAGCUGUUGUAAGCUAUUAGCUGUUGUUAGCUGCUUUUAGAUACUUUUAGCUGUUCACUGCUUUUAGCUGUUGUUAGCUGCUUUUAGCUGCUUUUAGCUGUUGUUAGCUGCUUUUAGAUGCUUUUAGCUGUUGUUAGCUGCUUUUAGAUGCUUUUAGCUGUUGUUAGCUGCUUUUAGCUGUUGUUCACUGAAUUUAAAUGUUGUUAGCUGCUUUUAGGUGCUUUUAGCUGCUUUUAGUUGUUGUUGGCUGUUUUAGCUAUACUACAGGUUGAAAACAGCACAUAAUACAAUAUUACACCCAUACAAACACCACAGUACCAUGUCCACAGUUAGACGUUGGGCAGUACUACAUAUAACACUUAUUUGAUGUAAAAAAUCAAAAUAAAACAGAAGUGCUGAUAAAUAAUACAUUAUGAGAGCUUUCACUGUUAUUCUUUACCAUUGAUGCACUGCGCUGCCAUCUUUGACUAUGACAUUGUCGUCAAGCUGGGGUUGGUGAGGAUCAUCUGACUUUCUUUUUCUUUUUUUUUUGUCCGACUUUCCGAGUCAGAAAUCCGACUUCAGUGGGGCGUUCCAGAUGAAUUUCCAACUGGGAACUCAGAAAAUCCAACUCCCAAGUACAAAUGGAACACAGCAGAAGCUCAUGAAUCAUGUUCCUCUAGGUGUUUUUUUUUUUAGCGGUACACAACUUUUCAGUGUUUGUUGUCCCAUGGUCAACGCUUUAGUUAAAUUAUACUGGCAUAAACACAUGUUGUUUUAUAAAACAGAAAAAAAAUUCAGUCUCAACAUUUACUCUACUGUUCACUUGAAGAUAGGGUUUAGAAGAUUUGCAAACUAUCAAAAUCUACUUUUAAGAUUUAACACAAUCGUCAACCGCUCAUUAAAUUGUAAGUAUUGUAUAUCAUAUGUGCAGCUGUGUUUCUGCCAAAAUGAGUGAAGUUGUCUGAAUGAGUACUGAGCCCUGUUAUUAACUACCUCAAUGCUGAAAAAAAAGGCUAUACAGCAGGACUAAUCACAAGAAAAAAACACAUAUUUUUUUGUGAUCCUGAAUUAACUUGCCACAUGUUGGCAGGAACAUUGAUGGGGUGACGCUUUUUCAUUAUUUGCAGGAGAACAAAACAAUUAAAGUGGCUACCGUGAUUGAAAGAGUAGAGGCAAGGUCAAUGCACCUUUUCUGAUUAAGUUCCUGUCUCUCCCUCCAGACUUGAAAGUGGUGUUUUCUUCUGAGGUUUGUAGCUGUUUCGCCCACUCCGUUUCUGUUUAAAGCUGGAGCAGAGCUGUGGUGGGAAAUUACUGGUGCCAGCCUACAUGAAGGAGGAAGCUGCCCCACUGCAGCUCUGCAACAGGUGCAAAUAACAUGAGACGCGGGAGAACCUGGUGGGUGCAGCCAAGCUCUGUCUGCACACCCACUACAUCCUGUGGAGAGGAAACACCUAAGUGGGUGUUCAGAACCUAGAGAAAUUGUGCAGGGAUUCCUGAUUUGACAACAUUUUGGAAGGUGUACAAGACUGUGACUUAAUGUGUAAUGGUUUAAGACAGGCAGAUUCCCCACUGUGUGUGUGUGUGUGUGUGUGUGUGUGUCUGUGUGAGCGUGUGUCUUAAGGCUCUAACAUGAAAUGGAUGAGACAUUCAGCACCGGAUGUGAUCAUGCACACCUGACAGAAAAUUGUGUGUGAUUUCUAGGGACCUCGGCGUGGGAAAUGGCACGACUCCACAGCUGGCGUCAGAUAACAACAGAAUGCUGGAAAACACGCCGGUGGUGCUCAACAACGCUGACACUGACAAGGUAAAAAGAAAUUAACACUCAACCCUCGAGUGUCAGAGGAAUUCUUCUCAUUUCUGCACUCUUGGAAGAAUAACUUGAAAAUCCUUUGCCCUCUUGUCCUUGUGUACAUGUGUUUACAAGUGCUCCUGAGCAGGCGCCCUGUAGCUGUAUAAUGCAUGUGUGACCAUGGCUGCCUCUGCCUGUCUGGCUCUUUAGACUUGUUCAAUAAUCCGCACUAUUUGCACUUUCCAUGCUUUCAAAAACUGAGCACGCACAUCUGUGUUGCAUCUUUGCACACAGUCCUUAAGCCUUUGCUUAAGAUCCCAUCACCUAGGCAUUAGAUCUUUUCGGGGGAAAGCUGGUGCAGCAUUAAAUCCAGCUUAUGCCUUCCACACAGAAGGGUCUGGUCACAGGUCUAAGUGUCUGUGACAGGGAUAGUGUCGUAAUCUGCACAUGGUCUGCGUUAUCCACCCACUUGUGUGACGUCACUCAAGCCUCCAUCAAUGGGACCGGAUGGGGCGAAACGAUUCCAGGAGGCAUAAUGAAUGCAUGCAGCUGCUGAUCCGCUGCUCUCCAUCAAAUGUGGCCCCUGUUGAAAUGAUCCAGCCCCUCAGACCUGCAGAAAAGAGAUUGUUAAUGUGCAUGUUUGUGAGGAUAUUUGUUUGAGUGUUGGAGAGAGGGAGGGAUGAGAGAGAGUGGAAAGGGCAUGAAGUGGUGGUUUUGGAGGAGGUAUUUGCAUGAGCUGAUGAGAAAACUGUGUGUUUUUCCUGGUAGGGUAGUGUGUUGUACCCUAGUAGGGUAGUGUGUUCAAGCUGAAGUGCCAAGAAGACACUGAUGCAAGUGUCUGCACAAGUGUAAGUGUUUGAUUGACUCGAGUCAAACACUUGGAUUAUGCAGUAAAAGUACAACGGUUUCAUAUGGUCUCAAAGUUACUCUAUGAUUUAAUACUGGGACUUCCAGUGACAUUGUGCUGGCCUGCAAAUGAGUUUUCUCACUUUAGCAAAGGAUUGUCCGUGAGCCUCAAGCUUGAGCUUCUGCUUCUGCAUAAUUUAAUCUUUAAUAAGCCCACUGAAAAGGGAAGGUGCCAGAAUGCUCUGAAAGAUUUUGCCAGCUAGUCAGAUGUGAAUGAUCAAUUUAAAGCAAAGAUUGUGCCUCCUGUUGUGGAAAAUAAUGACUUAAUAAUUUCUAAAUUUGGCAUUUUAUCAAAACAUAAAUGUAACUGUAUAAAAACCCAGCUAAACUUUAUGAAUAUUUAAAAAAUACCAUGAUUUUCCUCUCAGUGAACUGUCAGUCUCACUUUUUCUCUCUCCCCAUCAACCCCCUGUCUUGCUUUUAUCUUCAUUUCCCAUCGGAAGUUUUAAUUGAUGGGUUAAUGAGGAACUUUGACAGCUUAACUGCAUUAACUGGAAAAACUUUGGUCAUUAUCCCUCUUCAUGUAAUUAUCUUCAUCAGAUUAGCUUCAAUUAGCUUCAUUUGUAGCUCCACAUAUGCUCGCCAUUGUUACAUCCACACCUCAUUCUUGUUGAUUGAUGGAUGAUGAGAUUCACACUUGUUGUGAAUGUUUAUCUCUUCCUGCAGCCGCCUGCAGUAAUGUGAAUUGCCUUUGGGGUGGUGUGCAAUUUAAUGUCAUUAGUUUAACAUUAGCCAGUGUUGUAUUUUAUUUUUAAAAAGUUGGCCUCACCAGUUGGCUCAGAGAAAAUACUUCAAGCUGAAUGAAAACUUUCCCAGAACAAAUAAAACACCAAACAGAGUUGUAAACAGCCUCUGGCCUACUUUCCUCAGGACAAUCCUACACAGUUCAUGUUUUCUGUGUAAGCUGAUAGUGUUUUUAUAUUACUUAAAAAGUAGACUGCAUUUGAAAUGUGGACAAGUGAAAUCAUGUACAGUACCGUUAAUUAUGGGUUUGUUCACAAACGUUAUAAAGCCUUGGAUUGGCUUUUUUUCAGACGCCAUUUUAGUUUUCUGAUCUACCUCUGAAAAAGAUAAGGGCCAAGGGCCUGCAAAACUGAACAGCUUAUACUUGAUGCUAAUUUCUUGGGUGGAUAAUUAGCUGGUGUUCAACCAGAGUUGUGAUUUUUCAGUAACAGUGCAAAGGUUUACUUUCGUACCAACCUGCAUGGUUUGAACAGCAUGUGAUCAGCAGAGGUAUGGAAAUUCAUUGUCAAUAUGUGCAAUGACAAGUUGCAUCUUUAUUCAUUUGAUGGGGAAAAAUGAUGGAGAUAUUGCUUCAUAGUGUAUAUAAACAGGUUGCUAUACAUGCAGUUGUCUAGUCAAGGCUAAUUUACAAUUCCAGUCCCUGGUUAGGCUUCUAUAAAUGAAAACAGAAAUAACAGAGUGUUGAGUGCAAAACUUGAUCUGUUUCUUAAAGUUCUAACCUGGUCAUCACCGGCUCCUACAGAGGCUGCAGGUAAACACUGGUGGCAACAAGUUGAUGGCUGUACAGUCUGCAUAAUAAGAUUUCCUGACAACCCUGUGUACCUCAAGUACAUUUUAUGAAGUAUACUGAAGUUCAUUUUGGUACACUUCCCAAAGAAUACUUUGUACACUGAUACAAAUAUAUUUCUAGUGUACUUACAAGUAAACAUCUUGUGACUAAAUUGGCCCAGUUUAGUUCAUUACACUACAGUUUUGGUAUGCUAUCAUUUCAAUUGCAGUACAUAUUUGUAUACUUGGCUAAUACUGCUUAUCUUUUAAAUAGUGUACUCUAUAAAAGUAUACUCUCAGUAAGAUAUAUGGUAGUAUUCACUGACCAAGUAUACUUGAACCCAAGGCACAAAUACAUACUUAAGUUUGCCUUGAUCAAAAGUUUUAUGUAUAAGUAUAGGAUAAAUAUAUUGAGACUUUUUGGUACAAGCCAAGUAUACUUAACAUUAACUGUUAAGUGUAUCUCUGAGAAGUCCACAAAAAGUAAACUGAAAGUAUACUUAGUUUAAAAACAGUUAACUUGAGGUACACUUACACACACUUCUUUUUAGUAAGGGAAGCCAUGCAAGCACUUAUGAAUCAGAUAAUCAGACAGACAGUCUCACCAUUUCAUGAUACAAACAUUGUGUUCCUUCUAGUGGACACAGCAAAUAAACUGAGUGAAAGUCCCUAAAACACUAGCAGAGCAGAGACACGAAGGGUUUUAGUUCACUGUGACAUAUAAGGGACACUCAAACUGACCUGCUACUGCAGACAGCAGGAGCUCUGACACAUUACAUGUUGCGUUGAUUACUGAUUUGAUUCAAGUGAUUUACCCCGGUUAUUUAAUGGAGGCACAGCAUUUAAUAGGCCUCUGUAAAACAACUUUGUUGAAUGAUGUUGGUGGAGAGCCCUGCUAUUGAGAUGCUCUGCCUGGACAUGCAUGGUUAAAAACAUGGCUUGAUCUAUGGUAUUAACUAUGAGGUUUUUGAUCUGUUUAACUCCUGUUAUCAGACAUGGGAUGUAACAGUUUUUUGAAGCAAACUGUGAGAAAACUUUGAACCUUAAUAUUGUAAGAACGGGUGAGUUUGAUUGAAAUCCUCCCUUUUGUAGUUGUCAUUUAUGGAGGUGUUAGUCACUUGCACCAUGCUGUAAUUUUAACCAGCUGUUGAGUUUAACCAUGUUUCUCAUUUUCAUGGAGGCGGCUGGCUGCCCUUCAAACAACGUGAUAUAUUAGCCUCCACACAGUGGGCUGUCACUUCUUAUCCAAAAUUCAAGUGCUGGUUUGAAAUAUACGAUUUAUUAGCCCGUUAGGCUGUCUGAAGUAGCUUGCAAUUUGAUCCACCAGAUGGUGCUCUCAUCGUAACCCGAUCAUUGCAUGGCACUCUUGACCUCAGUAAAUUAAUACGUUGAUGGUUUUUGACUAAAAUAGAGGACACGUGCUGCAAAUCAAAGCCACCCUGAGCAGAUGAUUUGCAGAAGUAUUCUGGGUUCUUCAAUGCAGAUAGCAAGAUAAAGGACAAAAAUAGGGCUGUAUACAAUGCAGCUGUUUCACUCUUCAGUGACAACAAAUCUGCGGGCUCUCCUGUGAGGCAGGAGAAGAGGCAUGGCACUAACAAGCUGUGUCCCUUAAACAGGACUUGAAAUUCCUAGUCUGCCUGAUUGCAUCUGUUAAAUUCCUACAAGACAAUCACUGUUUGUUGGAGAGGGUUAGCAAAGAGCAGCUGGAUCAUUUGUGGGCAGUCAUAUUUGACCCAUGGUCUCUUCUAUUAACCUCUCUUAACUUCUUUAUUUUUCCUGUCUGGAUAAUCACUUAAUGGUCUUUCCGUAUCAGAACCCCCUUUAACAUUUGUAAAAUAUGUUUGUCUUUCUCCAGCGACUCUGACAUUUAAGACUCAACAUCAGAACACAUGUUUAAAUUACUUAAAUAAACUGACAUUUAGAAGUGCCUCAUAAACCACAGGCCUCUCUUAAAGUCCUAAUGUAAAUGCCAAAGCUGAAACUUCCAGUCAGUGAGCUACAGCCUUAACAUUCAUGUUCAAACACACAACUACUGUGCGUUUUAUGUCAACAAGCCUUAAUUCUCCUCAUCUGAUUUUCUUCACCCAUUUGACUUGGAGUCUCUUUACGGUACAAUGAUCUUGCCUGCUGUCCACAAACGCACUGUUAGUUAUGUGUCAUAUCUGAGCUGCACAAUGAGGGUAACUGCUGUAGGAGCAUGAACACUCAGGAACUAAGCUCUUUACUCUCAGUGUGCAAAAUCAAACCCAAUCCAAUCCUCCUCAUCCCCCUCUGCUGUUAGAAAGGACAAAAAAUGACAAUGAGACUCAGCUGGCGUGGCACUGUUGGUAUUCGUCUUGCCCAGCAAGCACAGUGAUUAUGUCAGCGCUGUUCAGAACCUCCUCCUCUGUGCUCUAACAAUGCAGGAGGAGUUGAUAAUACAGCCCACAAGGUGUGGGAUUGAUUACCCUGAUCAUCGGCAAUCACUCUUCUCGGCUGUUCUCUGGAGUUAAAUUGCAUGCAUUCAUCAGUCAAUAGCUACAGUAUUGGAAAACCCGGUGAUCCAGGAAUUAGCUUUGCAACAACCUGCUGUUAAAUGCUGAUUGGUUUUAUCCUGGUGUGUGAAAUAAAGCUGUAGGAGAAAAAGGAGAAUGCAUCUGAUUCAUGUGCACAAGUCUGCAUGAGAUACUUAGGGCCAAUGACAGAGAAGCUGAGAGUUUACAGAGAGAGCUCUUUGUUAUGUCAAAAACACUUCCACAUUCUUGUCAUCCUCGUUUCAAACUUACCAAUCGAUGUCAGAUUGUGCCUUUUGAAUCCACCCCCCUGAAGUGGAAUAACUGUGUCUCUAUUCAGCUCUCCUCAGCAUGACUUCCAGUUUAAACAUCUUAUCCAAAGGUGUCUCACACCGCACAAAGGCAUAUUGUAAUGACUCAAGUGUUUGUGCUCUUUUCAGCCCCCAGCCCAGGGCAGGACCUCCCCCACUAAGACUCUGCAGAACGGCAGCCCGUCCAAAUGCCCUCGCUUCAUAAAAAUCAAAAACUGGGAGACAGGCACUGUCUACAGUGACGUCCUCCACCACAGCUCCAGCAAGGUAAGACAUGUGGAAAUCAGCUCAAUUAAUGGUUGGAUAAAGCUGUCUGCCGCAGGAUUCAGAUUUGAGGCUGAGGCAACCUGGCAGGCAAAAUAAGAAGGAUUUUAAUGUCAUAAUUCAGACUUUCCAUCCUGUUGGUGCAAUUGAGUGAAGGCUGGGAGGUGAGGCUGUCUUUUCACACCCUGACACCCUUCCCUAAGUUGAAAGAAACCAAAACUGCUGGCACCAUGCAACCAGAAAUAUGGAACCACCUGUAUGAUGCAAUUUUGAUGCAAUGCAAAAGGAGAAAUACUUGAGAAAACAAACAGUUUUAUCCAAACUAUUGUUGAAACUCUGAGGCUUUUGUUUUUAGCACAAGAGCUGAUUUUUGGCUCUGGCUUUAAAUGUCUAAAAAUCAAAGGAAAAAAAAUCUAAACUUUGCAUGUGAAUUAUAAUUUAAAGUCAGCCAUCACACCUUUAACAUUUGUUAAAACCUCUGCCACCAUAGACUCUUUAAGACAUGGAUAUAGUCACAGUGAUGUAACCUCUGGUCUCUGAAGAUGGUGCAUUAUUGGAAAUGUUAUCUCAGCUAACUAUCGUUCAAUCCAGAAACAGACUGAGAGGUGGAGUUGAGGUGGCAAACAGCUACCAUACUUUUACCUGUCCAACAACAAAGCAGUGCCCUCAAGUGUGCAAAUUCAUGUAACUCUUAGCCUUUAAAAAAAUCAAAACAGAUAUGAUAGAACAAAAACAAACCAACAAUAACUGUUUUUUACCUUUUUCAGGUUUAGAUUUGCUGGCAAAAAAUGAACACUUUAGAGUAGGACCUGAUGUGGUUUUCCUGGCUUUUGCAGCCUGCCUCAAGUGGACACUCUGGGAACUGCAGUUUUUGCCUCUGCAGUGGCUUCAUUAUAUUUGUUCAUUUUAUAACACUAAGUUAUUAAAAACAGCAAGAACAGAUUGAACAGUCCAAUUAGAGGCUCUAAGAUAAGUGUGAACCUGCAUUUGUAAAGUUUUUACCAUUAAAAAUGUUCAUCAGUGCAAAUUUUUUCCAGGCAAAAUAAUCACUCUCUUCUCCUUCAUCCAAAUGGUGCAGUUGUGCAGCUUCAUACUACACACUAGAGAUGCACAGUAUGGUAUUUUUGCAAACAUCUGAUAUCUGACAUUUUUUAACCCAUUUUGGUCAAUAGUAGGGCUGCACGAUUUUGGCAAAAAAUAAAAUAAAUCUUGGAAAACUCGAUUUUAGAUUUAGAUUUUUUUAUUUAGUGACAACUUCACCAAACUUCACUCUAAAAAUACAAAGGUUUUCUAUCAUCUCUCAAAACGAAACCACUAAAAACGAUGUGCAUAUGCCAAGUCAGUAAGUGGCGCAGGAAAUGCACAAAAGACAGAAGAAGAGUACAAAGCAUAUGUUUAAAGGUUGUUUUGACAGGGCACACGCAGACGUCAUAGAAGAGUCAUGCUGUCUGUCACAUAAUCGUUUCAAGAGAAGCAGAUAGGCAUCCACAUGGAGGUGAAUGGUAGUCAUUUAUGGAUUUAUGCACUUUUGCACCCGUUUUCAAGUACUGUUUACAGUCACCCGAAACGCCAUUUCCGUGUGGAUAAAACACGUUCGUUUCAGGACCGGGGACAUGUGGAUGGGUUGAUACCAUCUUCAGACAGACUUUGCAGCAGGAAGUGGUUUGCUCUUCGUCCAAAAGUGCGAAGCUGUAUCAAUUUCACACGAUUUGUUCUUGCCCUAUUUAGCCACAAAAUGAUUGCCUUCUUUUGCAAACGCCAUGUUUGUUUACACAGGUGUGUGUAGGAAAUAGGGAGCGCUCUCGCUGGAAUGGGAGCCUACGGUGGCCUGGAGGUGCUAGAUAUAAUAGAGAGGAAAAUUGAUUUGAUGAUUUGAAUUUUUUUUAACAUCGUCAUAAUCAAAUAAUCCAAUCACAAUUUAAAAUCGAUUAAUCAUGCAGCCCUAGCUCAGAGUUCUUCCUGUAAUAGAAUAAUGUGUUACUCCUGUUGUGAUGGUGUCUUCAUUUUAGAACCAGACAUUGUUAAAGCUUCAGAAGUCUUCAUAUCUGCUGAUACAAAUAUGACAAUGCUUUGCAUCUCGCAAAGAUAAUUGCAAGUUGUCAGCUGUUCUUGGCUUCUGUUAUAUGACCAUAAUAGGUGCGGCAUAAAUCACUUAACGGUACAAAUGCACAAACCCUGUGAGUCAGCCUGUGUGUAAUCUUCCAGGCAUGCGAUGCUUUCAGGUCAACUGAUAAAGGUGACGUUUAAUAUCUGCAGCUUUAAUGAUACCUUGAAGGCACUAACGAACAUAAAAUGUAUACAUGGGUUGACUGGAAAAAAUUCACCUGCAGGCCCAACAACACCUCAUUUGCAAGUCAAGUAGAUUGAAGCAUAACAGCACAGUGCGGUGUGUCUUUUCUCUGCUUCACACAUACAGUAAAGGGCUCCUGCCUGACAUGUUGGUGAUUCAGCUCGUUACUGUUUAGCCAGAGAGCAGGGAGUUACAGAAACCUGAGGAAGCUUAUGAAACGACAAAUCCCUCAGUGAGAAAAAGACAAAUGUAUGAAGACAGCUGACAUGGUAAUACAGUGACUGAGGUGGUCAUGUUGUGACUCAGCCUUUUCUGUAAGCUGAGGAAUCAAAUGUGACGUUUGAUGGAUAUUUUUAUCCAAUAUGCUUGGUAUUUAUGAUUCCUUACAAAGACUGACUGUUCCAACAAAGCUGAUUCAUACAGCCACAUGCAAUCAUCCAUCCAUUUGAGUCAUUUUUUCUUUUUUAAUAUUUUGAAAGCUCAAUUUCAACAAUCUUUGCUACAAAAUUGCCAAGACUGUGUCUGUUUUAACCCAUAAAAACUCCACAGGUCAAAGGUCACUACCGAUUAGCCUGUGCGUCUGUCAGGACCUGCUGCUAGUCAGGCUUGCCAUCAUGCAGAAAAAGAAGUAAAUUUUCCCCAAAGAGCGAUCAGGAGAGUUACAGCUUAUUUUGAAAAGCAGCAGGCAAUGAACAAGCUGCAAUUUGCAUAAACUCCAAGUGUUCAUUUUCAGUCGCCCAUGGUCAACAUGCCAACAAAGCCGCAAUAAAUCAAGCAAGCACAAAACAAAGUAAACAAAACAGCGGGUACAGACUGGGAGUAGCGCUGCUGCAGCCUACUACAGCGAGGCAAAGAACCAACUUAAACACACAGCUCAGUAGUCCCUGUGUUUUCUGUCCACUUAUGUGUAUCAUUAAAUUUUCUGUUGCAUUUUGUGUUGGGAGACAUCAUUUUUAAUGGGUGAGGUGCUCUCCAAGGUGCUUAAAAUCCAAUUGUACCAUGUGCUCACACAUGUGGGUUUGCAGUAACAUUUAAGUCUCUCUAUGUAAAGGUGGAAUAAAAUAAUAAUAAAGAAAAAAAACAGUCACAACUCAAUCAAAAUAUGAUCCAACUGUGUCAGGGCACAAGAUGCCAUUUGUCAACUGUGCUUGUUUACAUCAAGCUAUAACCACCUAGCUGGAGAAAUGGAGCCAACACUGGAGUGCUAAAAACAGCAGUUCCUUGAAUGGCCACUUGAAGUUGGAUGUCGAAUCCCCAGAAACCACAGACAGACUAGGGAUGGGCGAUAUGGGCUAAAAAAUUUAUCACAAUAAGAUUUGCCAUUCUGGCGAUUACGGUAAAAGUCAAGUAAAAAAAUAUUGUAAUUCUAAUCUAUAUUUUUGACUCAUUUUGUUUUGAGAACACCAGUUGGAGUAGUCAAAUAAGAUACUCAACCAUAAGGAUGAGUGGUAGGUUAUGGAGAAAACUAAUGACAUCAAACAAGUCUCAAGUGUGAAAACAUUUUCAACAUUUAUUGAAAACUCUUAUUGCACAGAGUGAACAGAUCUACUGUCAGGCAUACCUGAUUGAACUCAUCCAAGCCCUGAUCUCGAAAGAAAUCCCUCAUGUGGAGCCUCGUUCAGUAACGAGCUGCUCAGAGACGUCUUCUUCAUUACCUUCGGCCAUGUUUGUUUGUUAUUCUGCUCUGUGUGGGCUACGGCUGCAGGUCCACCGCUCACACUAACGUCAUCAACUUGCAUUUAUUAUAUUUAUCAUGAGUUGGCAAAUAUUUAUCAUGGAGGAUUUUUUGAAGAUUUAUCGUGAACAAUAAUUUAUCAGCCAUCCCUUAUACACACCCAUUUAAAGAAGCUCAUCUUGACAGCAGAAAUAAACACAUUUAGAGUCUAGUUCACAGAUGAGUUUAGUCUGACUAGCUCAUUUCUUUACCAACACUUUCCGUGUUACAGCCAGAGUCCUUGAUGCAGCUAUUGCAGGUUUGGCCACAACCUUUUGCUUGAUGUCACUUUCCACUCCUUACAUUUCCUGUCUGUCCUCAGCUGUCCUACUUAGAAAAGCCUUGAAAAUUUACCAAAACAAUGAAAUAAAUAGAACAUUGACAAAAAAGAGCUGAUACAUGUCCUGAAACACAAGCAAGUUUUUACAAUAAAACACAUCCACAAUAUCAUAAGGCCAACAACCUCGACAUCAGUGAUUGAUUUCAGCUUGUUUGUUAAAAACAGGAAAGUCUGUUUUGUUAAAGUCCUUUUCCUCUGCCAUGAAUGAAGUGCUCAUUCCCAUAGAAAUGUCACUCAGUGUGUUUUUUGGGGAAUGGGGGUUGUGUUUUUUCCUUUUUUUUUUUCUUUUUAAUUUCCCUUGAGCAGUCUCUUGCUUCCUUGUGGAUCUGAAAUGCUAAACAUGGUCAUUUAAAAACAGCAACAACAAAAAACUUUGAGGCUCAAACCCCAAAAGUCAUCAUCUAAAUGCAAGACUUUGGGAGGAAAAUGUAUUCCUGUGGUUUAUUUCCAUCCCCUUAAAUCUAUCAACCCCUGGUCCAUCCAUUUUCUCCAUUUUAUCAUGCAGACAAAGUUUCCUCCUCUUGUUAGUAAGCCAGUCCUGCAGGCACAAGGUGAACCCCACUGUUUAAUAAUUCACCCCCCCAAAACCACUGCAGUCAUUCGUAAACAGCAAACAGCCGCCUAAUUACUUUGGUGACUUAUCGGACACUCUGUGCAUCCCAAUGAAUGGCCUGUAGUAGCUUCUCCAGAGUUAUUAUUUAUCACAGACGCUGCUGUAUUGGAGGAUGAUCCGUCUUUUUCCAAAAGGACAGCUGGCUGGCAUGAAUGCCCAGAGCGGUAUGAUGAGCGGACGUGCUGAAGCACAAGUGAUUCCUUUGUUUUAUUUUUAACACUCCCUGCUCUACUCAUCCAUUUCCCCAUUUACCGUCCCACUUUGUGUUCUUGAUUUUCUGUGUUAGUGUUGUUGUCCUCUUACAGUCAAUAACCUUUUCCAAGCUUUGGUUUACAUCCAUACUUAUCUCUGUAUUUUUAUCUUGUCCUCUUGAUUCACUCACUCACUCACUCACUCACUCAGUUUCCUUCCCUGUUUCCUUGUUUUGACUGGCUGAAAUUGGGUGUUUGUUGACUUGUCCAACAGUUUUUGUCGAGUGAGUCUUGAAAGGACACGCAGUGAGGUUUAUUUUGGACAGACUGCCAGCCCACGUCGAAGUGUUUGGACAGUGCAAGUGUGUGGUUCAGAGUAACAAGCCAAUUUUAGCAGCUUUAGGGUCAUUGUCAAAUUUCCUCUUCGCCUGCAUGCCUGGGCUAUCGUUUCUGUCAGCUGCUUCGGCCCGUUCACUGGAUCUCUCUUUAAGCUGAUGAAGACAUUUAGGCAAACCAAAGUGACAGCUGACUUCAGCUCUAAUCACAUUAAACUGGCCACACAAGGUUGCUCUCAGCUAUGAGCCGUUCUCUCUGUGCAUCUGUCUGUGUUCGUAUUUUCUGUCUUUGCUCUCCCUGCUCUUUCCGUCUUCCUGUCUCCACUUGAUGGAAGGAUACCAAUCUGUGACUCACUGACUUACUCAUUCACUAAUGUUUGUGCCAGUCAUUUGGGAGCGGUAUAAUGACAGAAAUUGUAAAGCACUUGUUAUCUUUUAAAUGCGUGCGGGGUCUGGAACCCAACAUAAAAAAAAUGACAUUGCCUAUGCAAAAAAAAAAAAAAAGCAUUUUAUGUAGAGCAAGACCUAGAGGCCCUGUGCAAUGGUUAAACCUCAGAUUUGUUUCCCUUUUUGUAUUGUAUCUUAAGAAACCAGGAAUAGUCUACUUAUUCAAAUGCUUUGCACAUAAAAUAGGGACAGCACCGUCUCAGAAAGAGCGAAGAGGAGCAGACUGUGGUUGUUAAAGGGAUAUUCCAGUGUAAAUUUAAGUUAUGGUCAAACACACCAUGACACUGAGUUAGACACCCCCUCAAGAGAUGAAUGUUGCUGACCGCGUGCUUCUCUAGUUAUACCAACUACAGCAACGACCGCACGAUUGCAGUACACAGCGGUUUACGUCUCCAUGCACAAACCUCAACCAAAAAGCCACAAAUAAUGCUCAGAACACCACCUAACUUCAUCAACAGUACAUAUAGGGUCCCAGCUAUAGUACUAGCCAUCAAACAUCUUUUUAGCUUUGCCUGGUUUCUUUGACAAAGAUAAUAAACACAACUCAACCACUUUCCUCCAACAGCUGCUUGUUUGUAGGGGAGCCCUGAUGAGUUGAUCAACAAGUGCAGUGGAGUUUCACAGCUCAAGGAGGAACAUUUAUGAUCAUUCCUUCAUGGAAAUGCAAUCAGAGUUCUUGUGUUUCUUGUAUGCACACUGCAGACACGGUGGUUCUUCUGUCUUAGCGUCUUGGUCUGAUUGCAUUUCCAUGAAGUAAUAAUCACAAAUAUUCCAUUGCACUCGGUGAUUGACUCAUCUGCGCUCCCCCACAACAGGCGGCUGCUUAAGGAGAGUGGAUGGGUUGUGUUUAGUUACUUUGCUAAAGAAAUCAGGCAAAGCUAAAAGACGUAAACCGCUGUGUAUUGCUAUUGUGUGGUCGUUGCUGAACUUGGUAUAACUACAGAAGCAAGCAGUCAGCAACAUUCAUCUCUCGAGGGGGUGUCUAACUUGGUGUUACAGUGUGUUUGACCAUAACUUAAAUUUACGCCGGAAUAUCUCUUUGAAAGUAGUGAUGUGUCAUUCAUGAACGAUUUGUUCAAAAGAACUGAAUCUUUUAAGUGAACGUACUGAACCGAAUCACUUCCUCAGGUGAUACGUUUGUUUCUCACUUCAGUUGAGCUGAAGUGAGAAACAGCAUUGCCAGCCGAGCAGCCGGCAAACGAAGGACUGCAUGCACCAACACCUGAAUCACUUGGGAAAUGAAUCAUGCAUUGAACUACACUCUCUGGAAUCAUUUUUGUCAGACAAAAUUACCUUCUUUUUUUUUUCAUUUACUGCUAAAUUGCCACCACAACAACUUGCAUACAAUAGGACACAGCAUGUAACAAGUAGUGCAUUAAACCUGCAGCAUCCUAUCAUUGCAGUGGUUUGCAAGGGAAUGGUGUAUGUUCAGUUUCAAUUCUUCUAAAUGUUCAGUGAACGAAUCACUCACUGACCCCAGUUUACCAAGCAGACCUGAUAGAUAGCAUACCAUAGGACAGUACACUUAAACAUCAUGACUUAUAAAUAAGUUCAAUUUUAAAAUCCUGUUUUUCAAAGCAACAGAGCCAAACACUCGUGUCUCCAAGUCCCGGACGCUUUGAACUGAACUGAAUCCUGAACCGUUCAGCUGUGUAUCAGUUCAGGAGGUCGGAGUCACAGGCUUCUCCCACCAAGCGCUACAUGGUUUGGUGAUUUGGUUAAUGAAUCUUUUGAACGAAUCUUUUUAGUGAACUGAGUCUAGUGCUUCAGUACAUCUAAAAGAACUGCUGUGCCCAUCACUACUUCAAAGUGGAACAAGAGACAUUUAACUAAAUACUUAUUCUGUUUGUAUAAUGCACAAUUUAAGCAUCUCAUCCGUUCAUAUUAAGAAGAAGAGAGACUUGACAGGUAAAUGUAAAUCGGAUUAACGGACAGUAAUGUGAAGCUCUGUGUUUUAUGAAUUAAAAGGAUGACAGGCUGCCCUCACAGUAAAGAAACGGAUGCAAAAAUGGUAAGUCAGGAAACAGAAAUCCUGAUUUCCACUGGAAUAAUUUGGAGAAAAGUCAGUCUAGAACAGAAUUUAUCCCUGUGCCAACACAGGUCUUCUGUUAUUGUUAUUUCUCAUUGUAAAGUAAACUUUGUGGGUAUUUGCAGAUAUAGUAUCAGUGAGUUGUACCAUAUGCCUUGAUCCCCCUGGCUCUUUACAGAGGAAAAAAUCAACACCCUCAGUUCAUCUCUGAAAAAGCUCCCUCAUCUGUCUCCUUAUUUGUCUUUUCAGAUGCCAAUCUGCUCCGAAAAUGUCUGCAUCGGCUCGGUUAUGAUGCCCAACCAGCAUAUCCGCAAGCCAGAUGAGGUCAGAACCAAAGAUGAGCUCCUUCCACUGGCCACUGACUUCAUAGACCAAUACUACACCUCCAUUAGAAGGUAAGGCUGAGUGACAUUCACCAAGAAGGGGACAAUUUAAUAUGAAGUGAAAAGAGUUUGAAGUUUAUGUAAUUUUAUUCUAAGACAGGAUCUAAACUCACCUUCCAAGAAUAAACAGAAUAAAAAAGGGAACAAUUCACAAAAAACCCAAACAAUCAAAAGAUCUGGGUUAGGACAGCAUAAUAAAACUUUGUGACUUUUGUUUUAAACUGGACAUCUUGAUAAGCUUUGAGAGGGUUCUUCUAAAAAAUAACUUCACAGUUACUUCAGCCAAAAACACCCAAGACGAAAGCUGUACAGUUUUCGCUCAAAGUGGAGGGCUCACACAUAACACUGGGUUGCUUAGCAACAUUGAUGUUCUCCUCUGGAGCGAGAGUUACAACCAGCAGAGACUUUUAUUGUUGUACUCACCUAUCUGAUUGGCAUUUUGUGAGCUUUAUGGCCCUUCACAAUCUGCUCCCAAUUCAACCUCACUGCUUGCUCCUCUGUGGCCUGAAACAACCAGGACCCUCAAACUCUCUUUUCAACAGCUCCCCAAAAAUCCUGCAAAGUGUUUUCAACAAAGUGGAGGAAACACCACAUGAAGUCAGAAGUACAACAGCUGUACAAAGAGGAUUAAGGCUUCAGGAUUCAUCUGAAACACUUGAACAUUUUUCAGGCCAGAUGACUGUAAUUUGUUAUUCCCACACAAAAGUGAGAUCAACCUUGUCUUAAUUUUGACAGUCUUCCCAAAUAAAUGAGAGUUGUCAAUGAUGUCUAAAAUCAGUUUUAUUUUGAUAGUAGCUUCAUCUUCUCCCUUGUUUCUGAUGCACUAAUUCUGUAUUUAAGAACGCUGACAAAACAUGACAGUUUAAUGAAAAUGCCAGUGGUGUUGUGUUUUGUGUCUGUUAUUGUAUACUAAGAACCUGUUCGGUCUGCAGGUACGGCUCCAAGGCCCACGUGGACAGGCUGGACGAGGUGACCAAGGAGAUUGAAGCUUCGGGAACUUACCAGUUGAAGGAUACUGAACUGAUUUAUGGAGCCAAACAUGCAUGGAGAAAUGCUGCCAGAUGUGUAGGGAGGAUCCAGUGGUCCAAACUACAGGUAAAGACCAGGGACUGAAAAUCAGAGAAUGGAGCGGUUACUACUGGGAGUAGACUGAUUAUCUCCAGGGCUGAUAAACAGGGCCGAUAUUUGGCUGAUUAUCUGUAUCAGCAUCUUAUUUCACUAAUGUCACAUGGAUAAAGGCAGUGUGUGGGGUUUUGACUGGUCGAAACAAUUACAUGUGAACUGUCAAUGCAUAUUGGUUUCAAAUAUCUGUUAUUGGUUUAAUGAACUAAGAAUAAUUCGUAUCAGUACCAGCCCUGAAGAACCAAUGUGGCAGUACUGAUCCAACCCUAGUUCAUGCCUUAUUCUCACUACAUUCUGUUUUGAUUAUUUGACAAGAUUUGUAGACGUUUCCUGCACUCCUGCUGUUUUUUCUCCAUUUUAGAAUAAAGCUCAAUGUCCUGAGAGACAAGAAAAUGGAUGCAGCUCCUGUCACAUCCCUUGUUGGUCCAUGAACUGCCAUUUUUAAGUGUUAAAUUUAGCAUUUUCAGCAAUAAGUAAUGAUUUGUAGAAAACAAAAAGGGCUGGGUAUGUAUUGCUUCUCUUCUAUCCUAGAGUCAUAUUUGCUACCUGGAAAGAAGUGUGUCUGGAUUAGCUCCACUUUUGAAACCAAGAUCCAGUUUUGACCUCUCAUGUACAGUCUACAGUGUACACCAGCUCAAACCAAAAUGUACAUGCUAUGUUUAUGUUAAGGUAAGUUUGAAUCACUCCGCUCUGUGUACAUUGGGUUCUGAGGUUUCACUUUUGUGUUUGCACUCCAGGUGUUUGAUGCCAGAGACUGCACAACUGCUCAUGGAAUGUACAACUACAUCUGUAACCACAUCAAAUAUGCCACCAACAAAGGCAACCUAAGGUAAAAAAAAAAACGAACAAACAAAACCGAACAAACAAACAAAAAAAAAAAAAAAAAAAAAGAACACGCACUGCUCAACUGUUGUCUUAUUUCUUUGUUGUUGUUCAUCGUUUCCUUUCAUUCAGCUCUGCUCGGGUUCCUCUCCCCAUCUGUCGCUCUCGAUCUCUGACUACCCUGACUUGACCCGCUGUCCCAUCUGUCAGUGCGCGCUCUGCGUCUUAAUGCCUCUACUGACACUAUCUGCUUCCUGUCCAUCUUUAUGUAUCUUUGCACCAAUCAGUGCCCUGUCAGCCAAGCGCUGAACCCUGCUAACAACGGGCAGUCAUUUAUCAGACCUGCACAACGUUCGCUCACUUUCCGCCAAGCCCUAACCACAUGUGACACCUCAUAUCUACAUCCUGGAUGAUGGAUAGCUUCUGAAUCAUUACUAAACCUAGCCUGGCCUUCAGAGAGACAGCCUGGAUACACAUGUUGAUCAGAGCUAGCUAAGUAGCAUCCUGGCUGCAGCUCUGCAACCUUGAAACAGAGUAAUUAUUCUUUCUGUAAUCCAUAGCUUGCAAUGGCAGAAAAAGAACAAUGUGUUCAUGAUAAAAGAUGGAUUAAAUGGAGAAAGUAAUGGCACCUAAACUCUGUUUUAAAUAAACCAUCAAGUGGGCAUUUUCAAAUGUUAAUGAGACAUAAAUGGACUUUGGGUCUGGCACACUAAAUUACUUAAGCACAUUUUUAAACAAUCUGGCAGUUUAUACCUGCCAAGGUUUAAGACUGAUCUUGAAAGCAAAAGGAAAUGAUUUAUGAAACAUUUAUGGAGCAAUUAGUUACAGCUUAUUACUUACCAUUAGUUACAGCUUGUAGAGAGGGUAAGUAGUGGAAGGUGGCAUAAAUAUUGAUAUAGAAAAUUGGAUAUUGUAGCUGUUGCUUAAUGGAUGUUGUAUAAUGUAUAGGGUUUGACGUCACUAUCCCCCACAUUAUCCAGAUAUUGAGUAAAGACACUGAAUAUUGAUUUAAAGAUGAUUUAUUUAGACAGCAGAAAAAAAAAGAAAAAGGCCUCUUCUGGAGAACCCAAACACGAGUUAAUGCAGGAUAGGAGGGGUUCAUAGUGUCAUUGCAGUCUGUUUACAUUAAACAUGGUUCAGGUUGACUUCAUUGUGAGGAUUUGUGUAAAUAACUGACUAGAUAAUCCUACCUCCCCACUUACUAAUUUUUCCUGUUGUAAUAUUAAAAUCAAGUCAUCACCUGUAGCUGUCUUGUAGGUUUUUAUUAUUAUGUAACUUGUUCAAUUCAAACUAUCUGCAUUCCCUUAUCCACUUAUCCUCUCAAAACUCACGUCUAAUCAUGCCUUUACAUGUAACUCAGUUGUGCAAAUGAUUUUAUUGGUGUGAACAUGACACAAGACUCUCAAGUUGUGGUUUGCAGUUACAUCAUGUCUGUUUUCUUCAAUUUAGUGGAUGUCUAAUUAACUGAAGCUCAUCCUGUGCUGUUUCCUUGCUUCUUGUUUUCUCUCUCUGCUGUUAACUGGUCAGCUAUUUUCCACUAAUAUUAAAGCGUUGUGCCCUCCAAAAACAACUUGAGUGGUUUCAGGAGUUUCCUCUGUGUUUUUCUCUGACCCUGUUGGAAAGUAGUGGUUUCAGAAAAAGCUCCUCCUUGUCCAGGGCUGCCUGUUUGGUCCGUCACUCACAGUAGUUGACACGGGGACAGUGAGACUGUUUCCGGCAGAUGUACACAGCUAACACAACUGGCCCAGAUUCACACAGCUGCACUCACUCCUCUGUGAUUUAUAACCAGCUUAGCAGUAUUACUUUGACCCUUUCACUUUUACACGGUCAUGGCAUCAAAACGUCACUGCAAUGUAGAGCAGAUCAAAGGUAGGCUUUGAUUUUCAUUUAAAAGUGACAUUGCUUACAUUAGCAACCACGUCUUAGCAAUCUUAGUGAUUAAAAUCCUUUAAUACUGAUCUGAUAUACUCAAUCCACAAUGUUUGACUCUGAACGCAAUGUGCUGUUAUUCUAUAACACUGUUACUGUGACUUGAGCUGUGCUUUGAAAGUGAGAGACAAAAAAAUCUAUAUACAGGAUUUCAUUAAAAAAAAUAAUAAUAACAUUGAUAACUUUUUUCUACCCAUGCAGGCUAAAUAAAAACAAGGAGAAAUGAAUGAGUGAAUUUAACAAGAUUAUAUAAAGCCAGUGUCUGUUGAUAUCCAAGAACAUCUUUGACUCUGUGAAUCAAUCGUUUGUGUUCUGCAGGUCAGCCAUCACCAUAUUCCCGCAGAGGACGGAUGGCAAACACGACUUUCGGGUGUGGAACAGUCAGCUGAUCCGCUACGCAGGCUACAAACAGCCUGAUGGAAAGAUCUUGGGUGACCCUGCAAAUGUUGAAUUCACUGAGGUACACAGAAGUAGAAGCUUCUUCAGUUUGAGUCUCACGCACCAAAGCUGCAAAAUCUCCUCUCUUGUUCUCUUAGCUUACAUGUUGCUUUUGGUCACCAGAUCUGCAUGCAGCUGGGAUGGAAAGCUCCAAAGGGUCGAUUUGAUGUCCUCCCCCUCUUGCUCCAGGCUAAUGGGAAUGACCCUGAGCUGUUUGAGAUCCCUGAAGACCUUAUCUUGGAGGUGCCAAUCACACACCCAAAGUGAGUAAUGCUUUCUUUCUGAAGCGUUCAACAAAUACAGAGAAUCAAGAAAAACAAGAAGCAGAGGGGGCUGCACAAAAAGACAUCCACCUACUCGCACAUCUCUUUACAAACACUUUUCAAACAAUGAGGAACUGUGGAGCCAAGAAGUUUCCUGGGUUAUUGCCACAAUCAAACUGUGCCUAACAUUCCCCGAGAACACAGCGAGCCAUGCUUUAUCUGUUGCUAUGCCAGAUUUUUUGGUAACCAUGGGGCUCGUUAGUGAGGCUCAUGCUUCCUCCUGUUUUUCUUUCCUGCGUGUUAACUUUUCUCUCAAGGAAACUUAGCACACUGUGGCAGCUUCUCUGCAAAAACCAUGAGAAUUCAAGCAUUAAGCCGUCAUUUCUAAUCCAUCUAUUCCAUAAUCACUUAAUAUUAUCGCUCUGUUGGUUUCCACACAUGCGGACCCAGCUGCACACAGAGCUAUCACUGUACCGCUACAGAGAGCAUCUCAUAAUCCCUUGACAAAAUGAUGUCCCUGCCAGACUCCCCCGAAAAUUGGCAUCUUGUGCUCCAAACACUGCAUCAACUGGCCCUCAGCUCUGGCAGCAGCUUGGCACAGACCAAGACCACCAACAGAGUCUCAUCAUUACAUCAGAUUAGACCAAUAUAACUGCAAAUAACGCACUGAAAGCAGCGUGAUCAGUCCCUCCAGAAGGUGUGAGAAGGCAUAUUUAGGCCCCGGAUGCUCUGUCCAGCUCUAAAAAGCUGUCAGAGGGAGUUUUUUUUUUUUUUUUUUUUUUCUGGUGUUAAUGUUGGUUUUGGCCGCAUCUAUUUUAUCUUGGGGAUGAAUCACUUUACACAGAGCAAUGCAAGAUAAUUAUUAGAAUAAUUGGCUGCAAAAACUACAGAUCCUGGACCUUCAUCAACAUCAUUCCCUUGUUUCCUCCGCACAGGUACGAGUGGUUCAAAGACCUGAACCUGAAGUGGUACGGCUUACCGGCAGUGGCUAACAUGCUGCUGGAGAUUGGCGGCCUGGAGUUCACCGGCUGCCCCUUCAGCGGCUGGUACAUGGGCACGGAGAUUGGUGUGAGGGAUUUCUGCGACAGCUCACGUUACAACAUGCUGGAGGUAUUGUGUCUUUUUCUAAAUGCAGUCAUAGUAUGUUAAAAUGCAGGAUAAGAUGCUGAGGCACAGACUGAGAAAAGCCUUGAGCAGACAUGAGCAUGAUGCUUUCCAAAAAAGAGCAGGUCUAGACCACACUAAUUUUUUGAUGAAUUACCAAGACCCAACCUUAAGUUGGGACAAAUUUGAUCCAUCUCACCUAACAUGAGUGACAGUGGCAAGGAAAAACUCCCUUUUAACACGCAGAAACCUUGAGGAGGACCAGAGAGAGAGCGAGAGAGAGGAGUAGGAGGGAAGGAGAGCGAGAGAGAGAGAGACAGGAGACAGCAGCAACAUUAACUGCUCUCAACCAGAACACCAGUUUUCUUUUAAUUGUGCACACUGAGGAGAAAACUGGAUCUCUGAUUCUGAUUUGAGCUGUAUUGUAUGCAUGAAAGAUAUGUGUUCAUUCAUUUACUGUGUCGUGCACCAAAUCCUUAAGUGCAUUAAGAGAAACAAAUUGAGUAUAUGAGCUAUUCGGGAGCAGAAAAUGCUGAUUUCUCCAAAUGCUUUCAAGGAUAGGCAAUUAACUCUAAUGUGGUAUAUUAAAUUUGGGGGAUCAGACUGUCUGCUUCAUGUGCAUGAGAGUGACAGAGCGUGUUUUCCAUCCUGAUAUACAGUGAAGAUCCAAGUCAUUUUUCCAUCAGUUGUUAAUCACAUCAGCUUUUAUUGUUGAGUUCUGUUUUGUCUGGUUUGUGCUUUUUCAUCAUUUGCAUGUAUUGUCUGGAGAGGAAUACUGAUUUCAGCCCUUUUCACAAAAGCUCUUAUUGACUGUGAAAAGAAGAAUAAAGGCUUCUUUACUAAUGGUAGACCAUCCCUAUAGGCUUCAAACCAUGCAGAAAGUGCCUCUGGUUCUUUUGUUUACUAAAAAAUGAUCAUUUGCUGGAUUUACAAAACAAAAAUGAACAUUCAAUAGUUACAAGAUGUUCCAAACUUUUUUCUUUCUCUCUGAAUUUUGUAUGCAGUCAGUUCAAAUAUUAAAACAAAACUAAGAUUCAUGGUUAUUUGGCUCCAUAGUUCAUUAAAAAUCAGUGCAAGGAUUUCAGACGUCUAUUUGUUCAAGGUCUCUUAGGCUGUAGUUUCUGUAGCGUUGUGCAUUAAAUAUUUUUAAUCACUGACAUGUCUCCAGUCAGGCCAGUCUGGCACCCAGACUCUUCUCCUACAGAGCCAUGCUGUUGUAAUGUGUGCAGAAUGUGGUCUGACAUUGUCUCGAUGAAACUUACCUUAAGAAAGACAGGUGUUGCUCCAAAACCUUCACAUACUGUUCAUCUAUACUGGUGCCUUCCCAGGUGUGUAAACAACCCAUCACAUGGGCACUUACCAGUGUUGUUUUUGGCAGGCAUUUUAGAUUUAGUUUUAGUCUUAGUCAUUUUGACGAAAUGCUUCUUCGUUUUAGUCCCAUUUUAGUCAUUUCUAUCCUUGAUAGUUUUCGUCUAGUUUUAGUCCGAGGAAAACUCAAAAGGUUUUCGUCUAGUUUUAGUCGACGUAAAGGUGCCUUUUGAGGUUCGUGGUGUUCUUUCCCGACAGUUUGAAGCAUGAGGAAGCUGUGGCUCCACAACUGUCGUCUGUCUCGUCUCCCCGUCCCGUGUUUUAUUGUCACUUUUAUUUUAUUGUCACUUGAACUGUAUCUGAAAUAGGACCAAAAAUCAUCCCUCUUUUUUCGGCCACCGGGCACCGCUGCUGUGCCUGCCGCCACGGUGUGUGUGUGUGUGCGCGCCUCGUCCACCUGCCGCUCUGUGUAUGUGAAUGAGUGUGUGCGCGCAGCUGUGCGCGAGCGAGGCUUUUGGUGCGUGUGUGAUGGGGGCGUGACUGUUAGGACAAAAAAAAGCAUGUUUUGAAACUUUGUUUGUCCACCUAAUAACAAUUUAGUCUCGUCUCGUUCUCGUCUGACGAAAAUGAAUACAAUUUUCGUCACAUUUUAGUCUUUACAGAGCUUUGGUGACGUUCGUCUUAGUCUCAUUUUCGUCAAGGAAAAAAGGGGUCUGACGUCGUCAUUUAAGUUUUCGUCCUGCCUGACGAAAACAACACUGGCACUUAUACAUUCCAAUACCACCACAAACGCUGGCUUUUGAACUGUGCACUAACAAGCUAGGUGGUUCCUCUCCUCUCAGCAGAGGAUGCAACAUCCGUGAUUUCCAAUAAGAAUGUUGACUGAUAAUUUUUCAGACUACAGCACAGUCUUCCACUUCUCCUCAGUCCAUCUCACAUCAGCUCAGGCCCAGUGAACUCUCAGGUGUUUCUGUAUCUGGUGUCCUCUUUGUAUAUCUGAACCUGCAUUUGUAGGAGCAGUAACGAACUGUGCUUACUGACAGUUGUUGAAGUGAUUUUGAGACCAUGCAGUGAUUUCCACUACAGAGCCAUGCCAGCUUUUGUUGCAACGCUUCCCGAAGGCCUAAAGAUCAUAGCCACUCAGUAUUGGUUUUUGGCUUUGUCUGUUUUGUGCAGAGAUCCAUUGUUGAACUACUCUCUCACACAGUUUCUCACAGAGUGGUAAAUCCUCUCCUGUCUGUACGAAUCUGUUGUAAAUUAACCUCAUUAGUUAGGAGAUGUUGACUGUUUUUUGAUACAUGUUUUUCUGACAUCUCAUUUUAAAAAAGCACUUAUUUUUCAGAAAAAAACACCAUGUUUUAGCUCCAAUAUUUGAUGUAGAGUAUUGCCUUUGCACUUUUUUUUCAAUUUAAUAUAGAAUUUUGUUUUUUAUCUUCCUCUCUUUGUAGGAGGUUGCAAACAGGAUGGCCUUAGACACCAGGAAGACUUCCUCCCUGUGGAAAGACCAGGCACUGGUGGAGGUCAACAUCGCUGUUCUCUACAGCUUCCAGGUAUGCACCCGCAGUUGUGUUGUUCAUUUAUAGAAACACUUCAUCUGUGUUUGGAAAACUUACCAAACAUCCCUGCAAACAAGUUAGCUCUCUUCUGAAGGGUAAUACACAGCUGAUGUGUGUACUUAAUCCUAUUCCUGGUGGUCUCUUUUCGCCUUAAUGUUGUCAAAUGUGUUUUUAAGUUGUCUGCUUAUGUCUGUCACUCAUGAGAAAAAUAAUCACGCAUACAACUUUUCAUCAAAAUUCUGCUUUAGACUUAAUUAAAAGUUAUUACCCUUGGUUGGUUAAUGACUUGUCACAUGGGAUUUUGCUGCUGAAUUCUUUAUCACUGAUUGUCUCAUUGGUUGUGCCUCCUUUUUGUAGACUUGCAAAGUGACUAUAGUAGACCAUCACUCAGCCACAGAGUCCUUCAUGAAGCACAUGGAGAAUGAGUACAGGGUGCGAGGAGGCUGUCCUGGAGACUGGGUGUGGAUUGUCCCCCCCAUGUCAGGAAGUAUUACACCGGUGUUCCACCAAGAAAUGCUCAACUACCGCCUCACCCCUUCUUUUGAGUACCAGGUAGGAGGAAGUGGUUAAAUUUUUUAUCAGAUCUGCACUCUGUCUGCAAAAUUAGACCAUGAAUACCCUUGAGAAUCACAGAUACAAUAAGAUAUAUGAUACAAUACAAUACAAUACAAUAUGAUAUAUGACACGAUAUACGAUACGAUAUAUGAUAUACGAUACAAUACAUGAUACGAUACGAUACAACACAAUACAAUAUGAUACGAUACAAUAUACUAUACGAUUCACUUUAUUGUCCCCUUAUAGAAAUUUAUCUUGUACUCCAAGAGCUGCACAGAUAAAGCUGCCAACUGAUGACACAAAGUACAAAGAUACAGUCACACACACAGUCUUAACAUGGGAUUGAUUUGAACUUUAAAUAACAACAGCCUCUGUUUUCUUCCUUCAUGCAACAAGCCUGACCCCUGGAACACCCAUGUGUGGAAAGGAGUCAAUGGGACGCCCACAAAGAAAAGAGCGAUCGGAUUCAAGAAGCUCGCCAAGUGAGUGUACAAUCAUACAGAAAUACCAGAAAGCAACAAAGCUUUGUUUUCUUGUAUUUGUGAUCUGCACCUGCAUUUAUUAACUCAAGGUUAAUUUGGGGCCUUAAAUGUCAGAGAUAAUUUACUGUAGGAUGUGUGUAUGAUCACCCAACCUGCAACAAAUAAUCACCUUCCUGACAAAAGUUAGACACAUGGGAAGGAAGCUGGUGUACUCAGAGGUGAAAUUCAUCCAAUCAACCCCUCAGGGAGUAAUCAAAGCUUUGUCUCAGUUUUUCUCUGUACACGCAUCCACUAGUGCGUGUGUAUUAUCUGCCAUUAAUAUAAUUACCCUGAGGUUAUGACAAGCCAGCUAAUCACGAUUGUCAUCCAUCUGCUACCUUGACGUGAAGUCUGUUGGCUGCUGGAGUGAACCACAUUACCGUCAAUAACAGAUGUUUUGUCAGUUAAGGGAGAUCAGUGGAUUGAGUGAGGACUAAAGUGUUUCAAUCAGAGCGGCUCCAAACUAAGGCUGCAUGAUAUUUUUGCAGGUUGUACUAAGAUAUGAAAAAUCCAGGAGUUUGUACCAGAUUAAUGCAGCACGUUGUAGGUGCCUAAAAAUGUAGUCUGAGUUUGUGCCUCUUCAGGUAACCAAACAACUGCACAUUUCUACUUUCUUACUGCUCCUUCAGCUGUUUUCAUUCAGUUCUCUAAUUUACAAUCUGCCAAGGAUUGCAUAUUUCAAAAUAAAAGCAUAGUAUGACAAUAUGGGAAAUAAAGCAACCAAAAACCCAAGGUAGAAAGUGUUCAGAGAGUUAUUGUCUUCUCCACAGAAGUUUUGGUCACAGGGUUAAUAAUAAUCAUACAUUUAAAUAUGAUAAGAAAUAAAUAACGAUGAAAUUUGUGUAAUAGUAGAAUCAUUUUGAAGUUUAUUCAAAAACUUUCUUUCAUAUAUUGAUGCUUUUUGAAUUUAUCGGAUCCUCUCUUUUACUAUCUUUGAUCACAUUUAUUUCAUUUAUUUACUUAUUGAUUCAUAAAAGUAUUGGUUGGUGUAUUUGUACACCACCGCCCCUGAUUCCUUAAAUGCCACUAUUGUUGUUUGUUUUCUUCCCUUUUAUUUUCUAUGAUUCUGGGUUUACAUCUCCUCUCCUGUUAUAUUUGUUGUUUUUUCUGCUUUGUCUGUCAAAGCACUCUGUCGACUUCUGUUUUGAGAGGCGUGAUAUAAAUAAAAUUCUGUCUGUAUGAUUGGUGUACUUUCUGCACAGCAUCUUGUUCUCUGCCUCUGCAGGGCUGUGAAGUUUUCAGCCAAGCUGAUGGGCCAGGCCAUGGCCAAGAGGGUGAAGGCCACCAUCUUGUUCGCCACAGAGACGGGCAAGUCACAUGAUUAUGCCAAAACUCUCUGUGAAAUCUUCAAGCACGCUUUUGACGCAAAGGUACGCUUGCUCCUACCUUGCAUCACCUUAUCUGAAAGUUAAGCAGAGCUCGUGUAUCAUUGUGUGGAUAUCUAAUUGAAAAAAAGAAGGAAUUCAAAGACAUCAGUCCUUCCUCUCUCUCUCUCUCUCUUCUUCACUCCCUCUGUGAAGCCAAGCAGAUGCCAGCUGAGCACAGGCGGUGAGAGGUUCGAAGAAGGCAGUGUGUCUUUUGUCACAUUUCCUUCUUCUCUCAUGCAGCAAAGUGCCGGCGGUCAGAGUCAAGCUUUAACCACUGAAGCGUUGAGCUGCGCAGUAGUUUAAGACAAGAUCCUGAAGCACCCCUGGCUGUGCAAAUCUGUUUAACAAAAAUAGAGAAAAAAAAACUCAACAUGCUGCUCUCAAUCAUGCACAGUGUGCUUUUUCUUUCCUCUAGGUCAUGUCUUAUUUUCCCUUUCCGUUUCCCCCAGUGUGAUCAAUCACACAAGAGGAGAUUUGUGCAUGCAAGUGUGCGCAUGUAUAUAUGUGUGUGUGUGUGUCACUGAGAGUGGGUGUCUAGAGAUGGAUGGCAGGGCAGAUGUGACUGCCGGGGGCAAAUCCUUGUGUUCGUGGGGCUAAAGCCUGUUUUCUCUUCACGCCUUAGAUUGUGUGUCUGUAUGUGUGUGUGUGCGUGUAUGUGUGAUAGACUCACACCAUCAUGCUGAGCGGUGUGCAUCAUGGCUGCUUGUUGUGUGGCAGCAGCGUGUUAUCAUCUCGUUAGAGGCGAGGACAGAGUGGUCAUUACAACCUCCUUCUCUGCCAGCGGCUGUGUGUUCAGCCUUGAUUUACACGCUCCAGUCAUCUUUCAUGUGCAGAGUGUGUGUGUGUGUGUGUGUGUGUGUGUCAGAAAGACAAGAGCAAAAUCAAGACUGCACCCUGAGAGUCGAGCCUAAUGCUCACCAUGAUGCUCGCUUUCUUCUCGCCGUGUCUGUAGGUCAUGUCGAUGGAUGAAUAUGAUGUGGUGGACCUGGAGCACGAGACUCUAGUGUUAGUGGUGACCAGCACGUUUGGUAAUGGAGACCCACCUGAAAAUGGAGAGGUGUGUAUUUCCCUUGACAGUUAACAAAGCACAGGAUGUACGCAGAGCUUACUAACAGCUUCUCUUUGGUUACUGUAGAAAUUCGGAGCUGCCUUAAUGGAGAUGCGCCACCCAACAUCCAACACAGAAGACAGGAAGUGAGUCUGAGCUUCGUGCUUGUCAGUUUCCAUCUUUUGUUUCCCUUGAGUUACACAUCCAUGUGUCUUAUCUCUUUACUCUCGACUCUCCCUCAGGAGCUACAAGGUCCGUUUCAACAGCGUGUCCUCCUACUCUGACACUCGCAAGUCCUCCAGUGACGAGCCAGAAGCCAGGAUCAACUUUGAGAGCACAGGACCUCUUGCUAACGUCAGGUAGGACACAACCAGACAGUCGUAGAGACACUGAGAUUGAACUUUUUAGUACGUUAAAGGAAAUCUCAAUAUAAAGAAAUUAAAAAGCACCUAUUAAAAAUGAUUUGAUUUUAUUUCCAGGCAUUUUUGUGCUUUUGUUGGUGAGUAUGAGACUGUGGAAAAGAGAGGAAAGUGGGGGGAGAGCAAGAGAAAGGAGGGAGGAGGGCUGCAGGCUAGAAUUAAACCCGUCCACGAGAGGCAUAACCUCAUUAUAUGGAGCACAGGCUGAGACUGUUGGGCCAGCAGCGUCCAGACAAAACCUUAUUUAUUUGGGGUGUCAAAAAUACUGCACUUCUUAAAGGUCCCAUAUUAUGCAAAAUUCACUUCAGAAUGGUGUUCUAACAAUAAUAUGCAUCCCCAGCCUGUUCCACCUUUCAGAAAAUGUCUGCUCAAAUGGGCGGAUUGAAACUAUUGCCGUCCAUGAAAUCCUGGACAGUGAUAACUCCUCCCCUCCAGGUUGGUGACCAUGCCCAAGAUUUUUGCUCUGCCCCCCCAAAAAUUUCCACUCCGAUACUAUUUUUGUGAGGGAGAAAUGGCGAAGGUACGAGCAAGGCAUGGCAGUUGCUCUGUUGUUGGCUGCACAAAGCUGCACAGAAGUGUGUUUUUGUAAAGAACAUAGUCACCAGAGAUAACUAUACUAAAAAUAUUGCCCAUUCACCAAAACAGCUCCAAGUAACAGGAAGACAGCAGAGUUGUAGCCGUUAGCUGGAUCUAAUGUUACCUAGCUACAUGUAAGUCAUUGUGUACCAACACACGGAUAAAGUAAAAAGAAAAAUAUCGAGACACAUAAUUUUUGUGACUAACCAUUCAGAAACAUCCUGAGACACAGGGCUCUAUUUCAGUGCCUCGCCGGCAACACAGCACAUGCGCAGCGUAAGUCCGGUCCGCCGUGCCGACAAGGCGUUCCCAAGCACAAUUUGGUAUUUUGGUGAGCGGCGCAGCCCAGCAUAAGUAUCCCCCCUCCCUAACUCAGCUCCUCCUAGAGGCGUAAGUCGUAGCGAGGGAGGAGAGAGGGCGUGGAGUGAGUUUAACACAGCCAAGACCUGUUUUCAACAAUCACAUAGGCUCCUCUCCUCGCCUUUAAAACCCGCCACCGGCAAGGCGUAUUACUAUUUUUGUGAAGUAGUCAAGGAGAUCAAGAGAUGUCUGAAAACAGUAAUGCCACACGAUGGUGACAGAAGGCAGCUCCCCAACAAGUGUCACUGUAAGCGCUGCAGUGGGCGUCCCUCACACUCUCUCAUAUGAGCACAGAUGGAUUUGGUGUGUGUAAUGUUGGACCCACUGGUAAGACAAACACCCUGUUCCACAAAUAAAGACACUCACAUAAAGUUGCAUAUAUUCAAACCUCACGUGACAAAGGUGGGUUGUGCGCACAGAUCACAUCAUAAAUUCCAAUAAUGGCAUUAAAAUCGGAACUAUCUGUGCGUAAUGACCUAUCCCGCUCCAUGGCCUGGCUCUUUCUUUCAUAGAUGUUGGCAUAUAAAAUAAAUUUGGCUCACAAAACUGAGUAUAAUAUUCAUAUACUGUAUUCAGCUUAAAGUAAAUAACUCAUCUGAUCACUGAAACAAAUCAUCUGUUCAGCCGCCGCAGCAGCAGCUGCAGCAGGACGGAGAGAGGACACGGAGACAUGUCCAGGUCCAGAGCUGCAUGAGAAAUAAGAGGAAGAGGAAGAUAGAAAUAGGGGGAAACAAAUUAAAUAUCUUGUUAACUUCAUCGUGUGUGUCUAUUUACUAGAUAUUUAAUUAAAUUUAAUGCGGUUUCAGCUGUGUUAAUUCGGUCAGGUUGAGUGUCCAAACGCGUGCCAAACACGCUCAUCAGUUCAGCUAUAGAUCAGAAUAUAUCAAUAUAGAUCUAAAUGUAUGUGCUGACUCAGAAUAAUAGUCGUUGAUGAUUAUUUAUUGCACUGAAAUGUGCCUGACACUGUGGAAACCUGCCGGUGAGGCAUCAGUGACGUAUGUCGAUACACCGCCGGUCUAACAAAAUACAAUUAGACCAGCUGUGCUCCGCCUGCGCUGAAAGCUGACCAGGUUUGAAUUGGCGAGCUUUCAGCGCACUUUAUACGCCACCAGCAAUCACAAAAAUGUCACUGCACCAGCUGAUUCUGUCGACACCUCCCUCUGCCUCACCACCACACCCAGCUUGGCGGACCAUGGUGCGCCUCAGUCCACGAAAAUACCAAACUGGCUGUACGCCGGGCUCUGCCGGACGAAAAUACCACUGCGCGGGGUCAGCCACCCUCCGCCACCUAACCGGCGGACACGAAAAUAGAGCCCACAGAGUUGGAAUUUCUUCAGGAGCCUCUCCUUCUGGGUCAGACUCUUGAUGAAUCUGGUACGGCUAGCACUAGCACUCUGUGUAAACAUUAGCACAUGGUACCGUAGCGUAAGCCACGACCCUGUCUUCCAGAGAGACAGGUAGGGGCGUGGCUUGCGCUGAAGGAGUCGUGGACAGGCGCAGCCCACAGAAACAACGUGUUCUCGGUAGAGCUCACUGUAGAGAGUUUUUAGGGUGGCUGAAUUCCAGGGAAAAAAAAGGGGGUUUUAGACAACAAACUUCAAAUGGGCUUUUCUGGGAACUCUGAGACCCAUGAGAACCUGCUGAAAAGGAGUAUAAUACGGGACCUUUUCAUAAGUAUGAUUAAUUGCAGUCUUGAUGAAUCAUAUUUUGAAUCUCAUGUUUGAAAAAUCUGUUAUUUUGUGUUUCAUUACAGAUGUAUGUUCGGCCUUUUUGCUUGAAAUAGGAGAGGACAGAACGACAGUGAAUACAACAGAAAAACUGUCCUUUUAAUCCACAACAACAUUAUAAUGCAGCUCUUAAUCUCUGAUCACUCUCUGAUGUCCAGUGAUACUUGCAUUACUAAGGAGUUCCAGUCAAGUUGCCUUCUCUGUUUUCCAACAUGUCUGCAGAAAGUGCAGAGCGAUGCUGUCAUGUCUGAACUAUGGUGUGGUGAAAGGGAAGGAAACUAGCAUCAUGUGUUGAUUUUGGCUUUAAUUGCUUGACAAAUGAAUGCAUUAGCACUUGUAUGGGGCGGCAGUAGCUCAGGAGGUAGAGCAGUCGGCCAAUAACUGGAAGGUUGGCGGUUUGAUUGCCUCCUAUCCCUAGUCUGUCCGUUGUGUCCUUGGGCAAGACACUUAACCCACCUUGCUCCCAGUGUGUGUCCUUCACUGGUGUAUGAUUGUGAGUGUUGUGUGGUGGUGGGCGGAGAUUAUAAUCCUGUUAUUAUACCGUAUAUUUUCUGUUAAGUUGUCUAUUCAUCAACAGUGACCUUGGUAAACCAUGUCCAUAUCAUUUCAAUUGUCAGUGAGUUUCAUUUUGUGUGUUUUUUUUGCAUAUUGUUUCAGUUUGGCAAUGCAGAGGAGCAAGCAAGACAAUUUGGAAAACGGAGCAGCAGCUUUGCCUACAAUUAGGAGUCAGUUAUUGACAAAGAACUUGGCAGCAGGGGCUGAAACUCGACACUUUUGUAAAUGGUAACUGAAAAGUUCUGAGCAAAGUUAAUCUGAAGGUUUGUCUGGUUUUGCAAACACACGUGUACAAGAUUUACAUUUCCCCUCAAGCUUCCAUCAAAAUCUGUCCAGCACAGUAAGUUUCUGAUAUGAUGCUCCAGUGGAAAUUGAAGUCUCCUCCUCACUGAUAUGACAUCCUCAUGAAAGUGGCCUCCACUUUCAAAUAUUCUGGAGAUGACAGAUCUGAUAGCAGAGGACAUUUUUCAGUUGAGUAAAACACGUAAACUUGUCCAAAUUGAGCCUGAUGUGGGCUGACUGUUUGGAGGCACAGCAGCGGAAGCAUGACCACUCUUGAGGACGUGAUGUUUUCCAUGUUUACAUCCUUCUAAAAGUAUACAGAACAAGCAUUUGCUAAUAGGUCAGCUGCUUUUUGAGCCUCUUGAAAGAGAAGGAAGGCCAAGUAUCUAUCCCGGGCUCUGCUGAGAUGUUCUGGUUGUGGAUGCCUGUGUUUGUGUUCAGUUGUUCAACACUACCUUUCUCUCCCAUCUCUUUCUUCGUGUUUGUGUUUCUGCUCAGGUUCUCAGUGUUUGGCCUUGGCUCCAGGGCCUACCCACACUUCUGCGCCUUUGCCCACGCCGUGGACACGCUGUUUGAAGAGCUGGGGGGAGAGCGCAUCCUACGCAUGGGAGAAGGAGAUGAGCUGUGUGGCCAGGAGGAGUCAUUCAGAACCUGGGCCAAGAAGGUUUUUAAGGUUGGUUUCUGGGGGCUCUCGGGGCUUAAUUAGGUUAAUUUUGUUGAUCAUUAUGAUGUGGUGUGCUUGGAAUGAAAGCCCCUGUACAUAUUUUUACCACUUAAGCCUGUAAAUGGCGCGUAAUUGGCUUGGCUUUGAUAUGAACAUAGUUUUUCUUUCCAGUCAAAUUGAAACCAGAAAUGCCUGCCACCCCUUUGAAACAACCUUGAUGAUCAAGGUGACUCUUUUAGGGGAUUUCUGCCUCCUUGAACACAUGAAGACUGCAACUAAUUAGAGUGCAAGAGGUUGUGUUAUUAAUCCUUUGUUGAUUCUGUGUAGGUGUUCUUUGAAUAAUAGUGAUGCUCUCUGCCCUGUGCUGCUCCAACAGGCUGCCUGUGACGUGUUCUGUGUCGGAGACGAUGUGAACAUUGAAAAAGCCCACGACUCCUUGAUCAGCAACGACCGCAGCUGGAAGAAGAGCAAGUUCCGCCUGACAUACACGGCCGAGGCUCCGGCACUUACAGACGGUAAAUAAUAAACCUGAAGUGAGCAAUGAGCUGGUGCUGGUGUCCUGAUAUUACCAGUGAUAAUGAACACCGCAGCAUGAAUGAGCAUAAUAGAUCCAUCAAGGAAUGGUAAUGUGAUUGAUUAAGACCAGUGACUCAUCGGUCAUAACUCCUUUAGGUGGCGGUGUGCUGUGAAAAAUGAUUAUAGAGAGUUUGAAAACAGUUCUACCUUAUUGAAUCAGCAAUUACAGCACCUUACAAGUUUGCCCAUGCUCACUGUUCAAAAGUUGAAACCUUAUAUUAAGGUGAAACCAGUGUAAAGUCAUGUUCAAACUGGAAUAUAUUGUUCCUUUUAUGAAAAAUUAAACAUGAUGCAAGCCACACAUUUGGAAAAAGUUUAGAUGGGGCGUGUUUUCCAAGAUGUUGCAUCAUCUCUUCUUUUGAGGUGAAAUGUUGUCCCAGUCUUGCCUGAUACAGGAUUUCAGCUGCACCCCAAUACAAGGUCUCCUUUACUAUAUUUUACGUAUCAUGAUGCCCUAAAGAUUUUCAAUAGAUGACUAGUCAGGACUGCAGAAGGCAAGUCAAGUUUUUGGGCGGUACCACAGCAGGUCUAUGCUGAUGUAAUACUUGCAGAAUGUGGUUUGGCAUUGACUUAAUGAAACAUUUAAGGUCUUCCCUGGAGACUUCCAAAACCUGCCAAUCAUGCCAUCCAGGAUGCAUGAGCUACCCCUGUGUCUCUGAGUGCUGAGAACUAGCUGGGUGGUCUUUCUGUCUUUCAGAGCAGAGUGUCUAUAACUUCCAAAAGGAAUGACAGAUUUUGCCUGCAUUGAACUAUGUUCACAAACAGUGAAAGUGGUUUUGAGCCUAUGCAGUGAUUUCCACUUCAGAGUCAUGAUUUUUUAAUGCAGGGCCACCUUAGGACCUGGAGAUCACAGCCUGGUUUUUGUCCUUGGCCUUUGUAGUACAGCGAUUGCUCCACAUUCUCAAAAAUUUCAAUUUACUGUAGAUGAUAAAAUCCUCUUGGCAGUUUUACGCUGUGGAACAUCAUUUUGAAAUUGUUAUUUUCUUACUUGGUCUCUGUCAGAGUGGUAAAACUCUAUCCAACAUUAAGUCUGAGAGACUUUGCCUCUCUGCGAUGCCCUCUAUGAGCCCAGCCAUGUCACUUACCUGCUGCAAAUUAACCUUUUUAGUGUUUUUGAAGAUACAGACUUCCUUUUGUCCCUGCUCCAACAUGUUACUGGCAUCAAAUUUUAGGUUUGAAUUUUCUUUAGGCAAUAGAAAUGUUCAGUUUUAACAUUUAAAAAGAUGUCAGUUAAAUAUGGGAUUUAUCUGAUUUGCAAAUCAUCAAUCCAUCUGUUUCCAUCCAAAUUUACACAGCCUCCCAACUUCUUUGGUGCUGGGGUUAUAAAACUAGUACUGGAAAUAGAGAAACCCAAGUUUAUGUGAUACUGUUUUGCUUUUAUCUGCCAACAGCACUAUACACUAUUCACAAAAAGAAGGUCUAUGGAGCAAAGAUGCUGGAAUCUCAAAACCUACAAAGUCCCAAAUCCAAGUGAGUGCCUCCUGUUACAGAAGGUGUGAGUCACACUUUUCUGGGAAUCUGGUGAAAUAAUGUUUGUUUGAUCAAAUACUCUCUUCUCUUUUUUAACUCCUUCAUUCAAUUUUAUUGUAGUGCACAUACUAAAAAAGAUCAGACCAUAAUUCUUGCAGCAUUUUCCCCUAAAAUCUCGGAUCUCUUUUGUAGUCGCUCCACCAUAUUUGUGCGGCUCCACACAAACAACCACGACAGACUGAGCUACCAGCCCGGCGACCAUCUGGGCAUCUUCCCUGGCAACCACGAGGACCUGGUGACAGCUCUCAUAGAGAAACUGGAGGAUGCUCCACCUGUCAAUCAAAUUGUCAAAGUGGAGUUUCUGGAGGAAAGGAACACUGCCCUAGGUGGGUGAUGCUAUUAGCAACGUCACGCUAAUUUACGAAUGCAGUGGGCGUGCGGUCAGGAGGGUUGCAGGCUGAAAUGUGGGAAGGAUGUCAAAAUCAAAACAUGAAUAAGAAACGGUCUCACUGCUUCAACAUGAAGUCACACUUCAGUGAGGUAUCUGUGCCCAGAAAUCGCUCAGUGAAGCUGCUCGUUGGCAAACAGUUGUGCUGACACUCUCUGACAUAAGUGUGAUAAUCACUGUGACUGUGAAGCAAUGCGUUUCUUAACCACAGUGUGUGUGUUUUAAGACCAAGCUUGAUAGAUUAAACCUUCUUUUUCUAACAGGUGAUAAAAUUUGCGGCCUUCAAUUCUGAAAUAUUUCUUUUACAUUUCAUUUGUAUAGAUAAGUCAAUUUGUUUGAACUUUUCAAAGUUUGCUCUGAUUAUUUUCUGAGUGACUUUCCCUAUAAUUCAGUGAACAUGUUAAAGCAGGAUUUGAAGGAGAAAAUAGCCCAUUAUCAUACUUUAUUUAACUAUCUUAUAUAACUAUAAACAAUAACAAAGAGUUUUAUGAGCUUAUUUAGACACUUCACUUUAACUUCAGGUUUUCAGCACCUUUCAUGUAUUGGAGCAUGCAGCCCAAAGUGCAUCACAAUUUAACAAACAUGAGGAAUAAACAUAGAAAGUACAGCAGUUAUGUAGACUACCAUGAUAAUAAUUUGGUAAUUAAAAGAAGAUAAAUAUAACAUACUGCAUAAAUUAGAUAACUCAUAAAAACCAAUUAAAUACAUUAAGAAAUGAGUAAGAACUUGUAUAAGACCAAUUAAAUUCUAAAGUCUCCUGAUUAAAAGCCUAAAUACUGUGCAAAUCAUAAAUGCAUCUCACUAUAAAUAUGUAAAAGUGCAAUUCUUAUGCAUGUACCACUGAGCAGAGUUAUGUUCUGAUUUUAAGGGUGACAUUGUGGUUUUUGUGUCCAAACAAAUGGGCUUUCUGAUGGCAAAGUUACUGAGAAUUUCUCUGUAAAGCGAUGCUGAAACUGGGAUGAAUGUUUCAGUUUGGGUCUCUUAAAACAGCUGAAUCAUGUCCACAGAGCUGUGUCUUAGCUGGGCUGCUGGUUCUGAUUAUAGUUGAUCAAUAAAAGGGCAGACCUGACUGGUAUAUAUUGUGGCUUGUACACUCAGAAGUGAUAUGUAACUCAUAAAACCCCACUCAACUCAAAAAACACAAACAUAUUCCUCCAAAGAAUUCAGUGUAGCAGAUUUACAUGUCCCCACUCUUCUGUAUAAAGUAAAGAAAUAAAAGUAAGUAAUAUCGCAGCAUUUUGUAUUUCCUUGAAGGAAUAUCAGCUCUUCUUUCAUUUUGAACCCUGAAGGUUCAAAUCUAUCUGCUCCUCGUUCUCGUACCAGGGAGCAGAUUUCAUAAGAGCUGUGAAAAGCGAAAAGAAAGUGUUUAUGGGGUCUUUUCUACAAGAGCAGCCUGCAAACAUUGUUUACUUGUGGAUGGUGUCAAAUGGUGUUAACAUUUCACAAAUGAUUGUUUUUCACUAAUUACAAACACACUGAUGAGCUCCACAGGGCUCAUGUGUGGGUGUUCAGAGCGUACAUUUUCUUUUUUUUUGGUGAUUAAUUAAAGAGGAGAGAAAAUGAUCUCAUGAUAUUAUGAGAGUAACAUGGUGCAAACGUGGCAAAACUGUCACUAUGUCAUUUGAUGGAUGCGGUUUAGCAGAUAAAGGCCACAUUAUGUGUGCUUUUUACACAUGUUUCAACAGGCCAAACCACAACACUGACAACGUUGUCCCCUUGGAGAACAUGUUAGACACUCACAGUAGACACAUUAUAAUUGAAUACCUUGUCAAUAACUCCUAAUUGGCUAGAUUUUUAGCAGCUAAAGGCAAAACCAUGUUGAUACUCACAAAAUAUGGUGUUUGCUGUGGGGCAAGUUGAGAACAGCACCUAUCUCUAAGCUCUCUUUUUAAUGUAAAUAGCUUCCUGCUAAAGCUUGGAAAGAGAGCUGAUAACAGCUCGCAGUCUGGAAAUCACAUUUAUCUGGUCCACUGUUAAAAUGAGAAAUCAAUUACUGCACUUUCUCUCGCUCUGCAGGUGUAAUCAGUAACUGGACAAAUGAGACACGUAUCCCUCCAUGCACCAUCUACCAAGCCUUCCAGUACUUCCUGGACAUCACCACCCCACCCAGCCCUGUGUUGCUGCAGCAGUUUGCUGCUCUGGCAACCAACGACAAACAGAAAAAGAAACUAGAGAUCCUCAGUAAGGUAAAUGCACUUAGUUUGCCUUCCUAGUCUUGCCACUAACAUUGACCUUUGCAAUUAUUGAGCUGCAGCAACCGCAUGUUUUGGUUUGUGACCAGACAUAUAAGGAUGCCUGAAAAUAUGGUUUGAUUUCUCCACAUCCAAGCCAACUGUAUGCAGGCAGCUUUUCACACAGUGCAUCUUUCAAGGCAGUAUCCUAUAAAAAGUCACCAUAAUAAAAAACCUACACAUCCACCGUGUUUGCUGUCAAAACAUGUGAGGUGCUUCUUCACGUCUGAAAGCCGGUUUGAUGCUCCCUGCACUGAUGGAAAUACGCACAGUAGGAGGGAGCUGGCGCCAAAUUAAAGGCACUGAUCGUUCUAACAGGAGCCGUCCCCUCUUGCAGUGCCUCCCACAGUUCACUCUCCAUUUUUGUCAAUGUGAGGAGAAGGCUUGCUGAGGCCAAGCAGUGAGUCAUAUGCUCAUACAUCGAAUCACUGUCGCUAAAGGGAGAAGGAAAGGAGAAGGUAAGGCCUUGGAAGUCAGAUCAGGAAACAGUACAGUAGAAGCAACACUGCAGACAGUCUUUCUAUGGUAGCACUGUAUCUGAGGCUUAUUAGUGUGAGAGCCGAGGUUCUCUGACUUUUCAAAUCCCUCUUUUGAUAUCCAAAGAGCCUCAUACCAAGCAUUAGAGACUGUGCAAGCAAAGAUUUUUGUUUGUGCUGUUGAGAAGUAUUCAAAGGCUUAGACACGGAUAUUUCAAAUGCAUGAGGCAAUCAUGAAAAGUCUCCGACCCCCGCUGUGCAUGAAGGUUAAAAACCAAGGCCUAAAAGUCUUUUGUCUGUCGAAAUGUUGCUAAUUGUACAUGCCACGCUUCAAGCAGUGCUGCAGGCUGAGAAUAGAGACCACGUCCAGCUUCGUAAUUGGCACUGUGUGGCUUAUUAGCAGCCGCAGAACAAAGCAAAAGUGGGGAAAACAUCAAAGUUUUUUUUGUGCCCUGAAUUCAUUGCAUCCAAAUGUCAGUGAUGACACACAGAGACAGUUGGGCAGUGAAUGGUGAAUGACUCUGCUUGGGGCUACCUCCUGCUCUAAAGUCAGCGGUGUUUACAGAUCUAAAAAAGGAGACCAACCCCAAUUUCCUCUCUUCUGUUUGCACUUCCUUCAGUUUCGUUAUUAGAGUAACAUUGAUACAGAAAAAUCUAAAUCUAAUAACUUCCUUUCAUACGCCCUGCACAAAGCCUUUUGGGCUGCAUCAUGAGAAUUUUUUCACCCAACACAGUUGUCAUUUUUACACCCAGUGCCUUUGUUGUGUAGAUAGCAAAUGAGCUUGUGUGUCGGUCUAGAAAGAAGGUAGGGUCCUCUCAGUUAGUACCCAGAUUGUGCGCUGCUUAAAGGGUAAUUUUGGUGUAAAUUUAAGUUUGGGUCAAACACACCGUAACACCGAGUUAGACAACCCCUCAAGAGAUGAUUGUUGCCGACUGCUUGUUCCUCCACUUAUACCAACUUCAGCAACGGCCGCAUGAUAACAGUACACAGUGGUCUAUGUCUUCAGGCACAAACCUCAACCAAAAAGCCACUCUGUAUCGACAAUUGAUGCUCAGAACAGCACUUAACUUAAUCAACAGUACAUAUAGGGUCCCAGCCAUAGUACAAGCCAUCAAACAUCUUUUUAGCUUUGCCUGUUUUUUUUUUUUUUGAAGAGACCAAACACAACUCUCCCACUCCCCUCCAGCAGCCACUUGUUUGUGGAUGAACCCUGACCAGUGGCUCACCGAGUUUCGCAGCUCAAGGAAGAACAUUUAUGAUUAUUACUUCAUGGAAAUGCAAUCGGACCGAGACGCUAAGGCAGAAGAGCUAACGCGUCUGCAGUGCAAAAUGAUUAAUUUUGUGAUUAUUACUUCAUGGAAAUGAUCCGCUGCACUCGGUGAUCGACUAUCAGGGCUCCCCAACAAACAAGCAGCUGCUGGAAGAGAGAGGCUGAGUUGUGUUUAGUCUCUUUGCUAAAGAAAUCAGGCAAAGCUAAAAAGAUGUUAGGUGGCUACUACUAUGGCUGGGACACUAUAUGUACUUUUGAUAAAAUUAGGUGCUGCUCUGAGCAUUAUUUGUGGCUAUAGAGUGGCGUUUUGGUUGAGGUUGGCGUGUAGAGACGUAGACUGCUGUGUAUUGCUAUCGUGUGGUCAUUACUAAGGUUGGUAUAACUAGAGAAGCAAGCGGUCAGCAAAAUUCAUCUUUCAAGGGGGUGUCUAACUCGGUGUUACGGUGUGUUUGACCAUGACCUAAACUUACGCAGGAAUUACUCUUUAGCAAAACAGGUAACCUCACAUUUCUGCCUUGCACUAUGAGUCAUUUAAACAGAGCCUCUCGUCUUUCCCCCUCUUUGCCCAGGGCUUGCAGGAGUAUGAGGAGUGGAAGUGGUACAACAAUCCCACACUGGUGGAAGUGAUGGAGGAGUUCCCUUCCAUCCAGAUGCCCUCCACCCUGCUGCUUACCCAGCUGCCCCUGUUGCAGCCUCGCUAUUACUCCAUCAGCUCCUCUCCAGACUUGCACCCAGGAGAGAUCCAUCUCACCGUUGCUGUGGUCUCUUACCGAGCCAGAGGUGAGGACCUAGCUACUCAGUGCGCGCUCCGUUUGAGCGGAGCAUUAGCUAACGUCUCUCCGAGGAUUUAAGGCUGUGUAGGUGUAGCUGCAGGUCAGCUCAGUGUUAAAUUGGUUCCUUUUUUCUGCCAUUUCUUGCAGUCAACUUUUUGACAUCUUAGCAACAAAUAGAAUCCUUGCUAGAAAACUGAAAUGACAAAGAUGAUCGAAAAUGUUCAGAACACGUACUUUAUUUACAAUUUUCUGCAGGUCAGUUAAAUAAUGGUUUGCUGUGAUUUUUCAAGGUUGCUUCAAAUGACUCAGCUUCCUGAAAAAAAAAAAAAGAAAACACUGGUUAAAGUGAGGAGGUAUCAUGGGCAGCCAGUCUUCUCUGUAGGACAGCUACACCAUUAUUAUAAAAUUAUUAUGCUAGUCUGUCUUUUCAGUUUGUUUCAGUGCAGAAAACACCAUAAAGACCCUCAUAGCUUUCUUAGUUCAGUGGUCUGCAGACACUUCAAAAUGCCAUCACUUCUUUAUUUCUGCCACACAUGUAACAUGUACUGUAGAAAACAUGUUACAGUGAUUGUAAAAGCCAGGGUUGAAUUACUGUAAUUUCCCCUUUAGAGAGAGAAAGAGAACAGCCCUAGCCUCUGAAAGUGUUUAAAGGCCACUCUCCUCCUGUUAGUUUGUGCACUUUAAGUGAGUGGGAGGUGGAGGUGAGAGGAAAAAAAGGUAAAGUGCUUGCUUGGAAAUAAUCCUUUUCAGAUGGAGGAGGACCCCUCCACCAUGGAGUGUGUUCAUCAUGGCUCAACAGGAUAGAGAAGGGGGAGAUGGUGCCGUGUUUUGUCCGAAGGUAAGGUUUUUUUUUUUUUUUUUUCAAGGGAUUUGCUGAAUGCAGGUGAAUAACUGCAUGUCAUGUUCAAGAAAAAACUACCGUGAUUACCUUCCCUUCAGACUGACAUUAGGAGAUUCAAGCUGAGUACAAAUCUACAUGCUGAGUAUGAGCAACCACCACACGCAUGCAUUGCUUUUUUUUUUUUACACCUAUUUAGCUGAAAAUCCACAGACGUACAACAUGUACCAAUGCCAACACAUGUAAACUGGGCAACAUAUCCAGAAACUCAUCAGUCAAAGCAUCAACAACCUGAUACAUCUUUCUCUCCCUCCUUAAGUCUACUUCUGAAAUCAUUUUAAAGAGGACAGCGUCAGACCCAAAUCCUCCUGCAGCUCCUCCCAAGCAGCAGAAGCAGCAUUACUAUUUUUUCUUGAUUCAGGAUGCGCUUUGGGGACAGAAAUAAGUCUUGUGAAUCACAGAGCGAAAAGUAUCAUCUUCUAGCAUUUUUCAAAUUAAUAUAAUUGCAUAAAUAAAAGAGAAGCCUAAUAAAUGAGAGCACACCAGUGAUGUGGCCUGUGGGUACACAGUGCGCUGGAUGUGACUAAUCUCCCAGCCAUUCGACAGAAGUUCAAACUCCCUCUGACUGGCUUUUUUCAAGGUACCUCAAUACAAAAAAAGGUCAAAAUUUAACACAAUUUAUCAAAAAGCAAUGUGUAGCUGGUUUGCCAAGUGUGGGUAACUUUAAGAGAGCCUUUGGGUCCUCCUUGUAGGUUGAUGUCAACAAACCUGUGCUGAUGACACAUUGCCAGCUUAAAUGGAUACAGGCAAUAUACUCUGUCGUUCAAGUCCCAACAGACCUACACUCACUAUACUAUUAAUCAUCAAUCAUUACCCCUAAUAAUGACCUGUUAAGACUUAAGCCUUGUGGGAUUAAAGGUGUCAGCUAAAAGCAAGACAGUGUGCAAGAGAUUGAAUCACUGAUUCUGCUUUACUGUCCACCAACACGUGUAAUGCAGUCAGCUGUGAAGAGAUAAAAGGAGGUACUGCAAAAACAUCCCCAAUCUGCAAGAUUCCGUUUGUUUUCUGUGCUUGUUUCCAUCCGGGUUGUAAAGCAUUUAAGUGCUACAGUUGAAGUGUCAAUUGUGGGUUUAGCCUCAGCUGGUGGGUGGAGGGUUGGGCCGCACCUAUGUCUAUUGGGCUCUCUGACCCAGGUUCUGUCUUGUGGUCUCAAAUAGUAGUCAAGCAGUGCAUGAUUGUAUGUUUGAAGAGGAUUGUCAGGAUUGGAUUGUUUUUAGCACUCUUGCUUGUUUCUCCAAAGUUGCAUACCCUAGCUUUAAUGUCUUCAUCAUUUAGCCUCAAAGGGAGUCUCUGAAGAAGAUGUUGUUUUUUUUUUUUUUUUCCUGAGUUCCCAAUCUGAUUGCCUCAUAUAUGUUUACUUUACCCACCGUAUUGUUUUAGUGCUCCAUCAUUCCAACUUCCCAAAGACAGCCAAGCGCCGUGCAUCCUGGUGGGUCCAGGAACGGGAAUCGCCCCAUUCAGAAGCUUCUGGCAACAGAGACUAUAUGACCUUGAACACAAUGGUAGGUUUUCCUUCUUGUUUAUCACAUAUGUAUUUUCCACUGUCCCGUACUGAGGCUUUGCAGCAGAUUUUCUCUGCUGCUCAUGAACCUGCAGACUGGAUCUGAAAUCUGAUGGCAGAUUUUCAGAAUAUCCAAGACGAGGUGUUAAAUUUAUUCAUCCAGUUAGAAUGCUGUCAUACGCACCUCUGAGUAAUAAUGGGAGUCAGAGCAAAUCCCUGUCAGAGAUUUUGACUGUCACUCCUACAGCAACAUCCAGAAGGAUGAAGACUCUCUGCCUGUCACCUUUAGGGAUGGAGUUGUGCCCCAUGAUCCUGGUGUUUGGCUGUCGGCAGUCUGAGAUGGAUCACAUCUACAAAGAGGAGACCAUCCAGGCCAAGAACAAAGAGGUGUUCAAGGAGCUGUACACGGCUUACUCCAGAGAACCCGGCAAACCAAAGGUACGAGAGCUAAACUGUCCACAACUGUGGAUGAGUCAGCCCGUCACAACUCUCUGUGGACAGCUGUGUGGGCUUGAAUCAAAUCACUGAGAGAAGAAGAGGCUGUUUUGUAGAAAUCGGAGUGCACACUCACUCAGAUAAAAUGUUGCUUCUGUUUGGUGAUUUUCUAAAGUUGUUUUUUGUUGUUGUAAUAUCAUUCCCCGCUCAUUCAGUCUCUGACAACCCAAAAUGGUUAUAGCUUGUAGUUUGGAAAUUCUGCUUCAUUUUAUUUAAUUCCCUCUCUGUCAGUGUCUCCUAACUGCUUUCCACAUUGUUCCCUUUCUCUCAAAAUCGACUCCUUCACACUCACACAUCAUUCCUCCUCUGCUUCUCUGUCAGAAAUAUGUACAGGAUGUUCUGCGCGAGAAGCUGUCAGAGACGGUGUACCAGUGCCUGAAGGAGGAAGGGGGACACAUCUACGUCUGCGGGGAUGUUACAAUGGCCGGCGAUGUUCUCAAGACAGUCCAGCAAAUCAUCAAACAGCAAGGCAACAUGACCCUGGAGGAUGCUGGCUUCUUUAUCAGCAAGCUUCGGGUGAGAGGAAAGAGUCAGUGCAAUUCUCUGUGUGGCAACUGUGCGCUGAGCAUGAAGCUGCUGAGGAUACAAGACAAAUUGAGACAGGACCUCCCGAGAGAGAAAGAGCGAUAGAUUCUCUGUCACUGAAUUAUUUUUGAGUCACUAAGUCCAAUACUUGUUAGUUCAAAUCCACCACUGUGAGCCUGGCCAUCAGACCAUGUAUGUUCAGAUUUAAACUUAGAAAGCUCAGCUCCUGUGAAGUAUUGGUAUUACACAGUAAAGUUUCAACAGUUCAUAAAAAAGGCCUGAACAUGACGCUGAUCAUCACAAAAUACAUUUAUAGCUCAUGUUAAGAGUUUUUAACUGAACUGAAAUCAAUGCUAAUAGUUUGUUAUGCCUCUAAAAGCAAACUAGAUGAUCAGCAAUGCCACAGAAAAUUUCUGUUGUUAAGUUUAUAUUACUUACAGCUGCUGUGAUGGGUAGGUGCACUGAAACAAAACAGCCUCUGUUACUUUUCCCACAGCAAAAAUUCACAGUGACUGAUCAAGUUAACCCUAAAAUGGUGACAGGAGGAGAUUUUUUUCUAUCAAGGGUUACCACUUUGUCCACAGGGGGCGCCAGAGUCAACACAGACAGAGAGUUUCUCACUGGAGCAUUAAAAAAUUAUGUUUAAAGUCUUUGCAUCUCUUAAAAUUUGGAGCUAAGCCAGCAUUGCAGUUUUCUUUUUACACAGAUUUUCUGUGUUUGUUCAACACCGUAGAAACGUGAGUCCAUGAUAAUUCACCCUCCAGGAACUGUUGUUAAAGCGCCACUUUCAACCACCAGGUGAAUUUGUAUCAUAGAGAGGACGGUACAUGUACUGUGAGCUGGUAAGAAAUAGCAGGAUGUUAGGAAUUACAUGUAAAAGUGGUGCAGUGUUCUGAGGUCUCUUCUGUGUGAGGGCUUAUUACUGCAAAAUGACAGCCAAAUCUCACCUUUCUCUUCCUUUCUUUCUCCUCUUCAACCACCGGCUGGUUUCCAGGAUGAGAACCGUUACCAUGAGGAUAUCUUCGGUGUCACCCUGCGCACCUACGAGGUCACCAAUCGGCUUCGUUCAGAGUCCAUCGCCUACAUUGAAGAGAGCAAAAAGGAUUCAGAUGAGUGAGUGGCUCCCUUUGUCGCUAUUCAAAGAUUUUUAUUCAAAGCAAUGUUCGUGAUAGGUUUUCUCUCAUGGAAGAUUUUUUAAAUCCACAACCUUUAAACAGAAUAAAAUCUGAACUAAAAGAGAGAAAAAAAAUCUCACUGGUUGAGUUAAACCUCAGCAGGCUGGGCCGAAUCAAGCAUUGAUUUACAAGUUUUAAAAUGUCAGCAAAACAUGGAUUCUUCCUGUUUUCAUUGAUAAAUGUGUGGUCUUCAGCCUUGACACAAGCUGACUCCUCCAGAGUUAUCCCAAACUUUUAUACAUAAUGGCUCAGGAUGAAGAGGUGCACAGGGAUAGCAUACGGCACAUGUCAGCAUGUUAUAAUAAUAAAGAAGGAAGAUGACAGUAAAGACAACUAUGAAUCUAUGUAAGAAAGACAAAUGAAGAGCAGAGUAAACAUCACUGAUGCAGAGCUUGAUCUGUUUGACAUAGACCUACAUUAAUGUUGCUGUGUUGACUCCCCUGCCUGUACUAUGCCAGACGAUUCCCCCUGAUUGAGGCUGACUUACCCUCAGGCCACUAACACCACUGCUAUGUUGCUAAUUUACUUUCCAUGCUAAUGCAUGUCAAUGAUAUUUGAAGGCAGGAUAUGAGUUAUAGAGUCCUAUCAUAUUUUCUUUCUUUCUGCUCUGACUCUGAAUCUGUGUGAUCUGAGUUUCCAUCUCUCUCCUGCUCUAUUUUGAGUUAGGAAACAGUUGAGAGUUUUUUCUAGGGGUGGCUGUUUUACAAUCAAACCAUCACAAAAACAAAACAAUUAGGGACUUUUGUAGUGAAAAGUUGGUCCAAAAGGAAGUGAUGCUAACCUUUUACCGUUUGGUAGCCUGCUGACUCAGAGCCAUGAUUCAUAUGAUACAAUUUUUUUCUCAUCCUUUAAAUAAAACCAGAAAAUAGAAUAUUUCCUCCUUUCGUCAUUCAGACAUAAUCCGUUUUUCCUGUCUGGUUAGUUCAUUUUCAGUCUUUUUGUGUUUGACUGGAUUUUGGAGGCAUGAUAAUGUUUAAUUUCAACACACAAGACUGGAAAAUUAUUCAUCUGUACCACUCCUGAACUGUGUGGGACUACCUGUCAUGUGUUCAGUCAUUUAUUAACUUUCUCUUUUUUUUCUGGCUUUUGUGUCACUUGACUUUCCCAGCUGUUAACUUGUAUUUAAGAAAAAAAAAAAAACAGUUCUGGCUCAGCCCAUUGAGAUUUAUCCCAGCCAGUGGGAUUACAGCAGCAGCUUUAUCUCUGAGAGACGCUUGUAUAAACCCAAAUCCAAUCUGCAACCUGUAGUUGUUGGCGUUGACUGAUGUGUUAUCAGCCCCACUUUGAGAUGAAAACAGAGUUGGUAACCAUGGAAACCGGAGGAGAAGAGCCUUUAAACUAACAGGAUUAGAGUGAAAGCGAGUGGCCCUGUUCCAUUUCGGUUGUUGUUUCUGCCGUUAUUUGCACAUAUUCAAGAUUAGACACUUCAUAUACCCUCGCCACAAGAGCUAAACAAGGGCCCUACAUCGCCACUAUGGCUCAUUAAGCACCAACAUAAUGCAUCACAGUUGAUGGUUCCUGUGUGGAUUGUCACUUGAAUUUCACAUUUGGCCAUCAAAGCUCUUGCCUGCUGGAUGAGUAAUGACUGUAACAUGACUAUUCUUACGUCUCUGUUUUUCUCUCUGUAUGUCUGUCUCCUCUCUCAGGGUUUUCUGCUCGUAAGUUUGGGAAUUGGAGGCUCUCUGAUGAAAACCAGUCUGGAAGACGCAGCGACGCUGGCUAAAGAAUACUGUGCCAAUUUUUUGUACUGUAAAAAAAUGGGUUUCUUUCUUUUUUAUACCAAUUAAUGUUUCUGUUGGGCUCUGCGAUUUUGUCUGUAGCAAGUUGGAAAUGUUCUGUUCUCUGAGACUCUGUUCUUUGCUCGUUGAUGAUACUUCCAAAAAUGAUAAAUUGAUCAUUUUGAUUCAUAAUGUGUGCACCUAGUGUAAUGACCUGCCUCAUUGUGAAUGCAUGACCAAGACAAGAAUAUACUCGAGAAAUAUAAUGUACUCUGUGUUAUUGUUACAGUUAAAAGGCUUUUAUUGGGGUUUUAUAUUUAUGAAGAAAUGUGUGGCAUUGAUGACAAACCCACAUACGGUUCAGAGGCGUGGUUUAAGUGGAGUUCAGGGCUGUUUUUUUUAUUUACUUAUCACAGGCUGUGGUUUCAGGAAAAGUUAAAAAGGGAGAUUUAUUAUCUGACAGAUGUACAGGCAUGCAGAUAAAAAAAAAAACAGAGACAAACAAAACCUGGCGUGUUGACAGCUCACCCUGAAUUAUGAAAACAGCGAUUCUGUCACAGCCUCAACAAACACGUUAUCUAGCUCUUCAUUUGGCAAUCCAUCAGAAUGCAUCAGCCGCUGUGCCAGCUCCGUUUUUAGUGGCCUGUCCAUCCUCUCAUAACAUUGUAAUGUUCGUCCCAGCUGGUGCCACUCAACCCAGCAGCUGCAUAGGAACACGCAGGGCAGCCAUUAGCCGGUCUGUACAUACUGGAGCAUUAUCAAAUUAAUAACAAAUACACACUGCUUUGAACUGCUCAUGUAUAUAUACUCAUGGUGAAGGGAAAAUCUGUUACUCAAAUUUCAUGAUUAUGGAUGAUUCCUCAUCACCUAAUCAAGGAAGCUUUGACAUUUUGAGAUGAAACUCAUUCUUUCUGAACUAGGUGAGAAUAUUGAUACCACUAUCACGUCUGUACGGGAUACAUGUGCAACAUUCAACUCUUGGCCAUAUAUUAGCACGAUGAUAGCAGAAACUAUAUUUGAGAAAGAUGUGCUUGACCUGUAUUUGGCUUUUUAGACUUUGGCACAUGUCCCAUCUGUUAACAUGGACAAGGCCAGUCACUAGGGGGAGCUCCAUAGCUUUUUGUAGGUUGCUACUAAGCGUAGAGUCUUGUGGGUGAGGUCCUCUCCCAUCUUUUCUGCGUACAAACAGGAUUGUGGUGUCAGUUUACUCAUUGAACUCUUAGAAAGAAAGAAAGUAUUGUCUGUUUUCUUUUCAGCAGAUCAAACUUGUAAAGAUACAGAAUCUCUAAAACACAAUGAGCUUUUAGUGUUAGCAGUGUCAGCAGCAUCAGAGCUCCUCUGCCUCUUGCCUUAGCUUUACUCUGCCUCUGCCUGCACACAGCACAUUCAUUCUCUCUCACGUCUCUCUGCAUGAUUAUGCACAACCCUGCAGCUCAUGCGCCACCCUUUCACUGUGACCCGACACCUGCUCAGUAGCAUCAGCAUGCAUGUGUGUGUAAGUGUGUGUGUGCGCGUGUGUGUAUGUGUGUGUGAGUGUGCGUCGUCAUAAUUGUCUGCAUGUCUUUAAGAGUGGGUGUAAAACACGCAUGUGCUCAGGUGUUUGAUUUUACAUGAUUACUCUGCUUUCAUCUAACUGGUCAGAUUUGAAAAUAGCAUGUUGCUCUAUGAGUCACACAAGCCUGCGACUUUAAUCUGAUUUUAUUUUGGCGACAGGAAAUCUGCCCACAUGGCUUUAAUUUUUGAUCUCUGCGGUUCAGUUUCACUGUUGAAGUUUUUUCAUUCAGGUAUUUAAGGCGAUCACACUGCCACUGUGGUCAUUCGCUGCUUUUCAAUGAGUCAGGGUUGUAAUUUGAAGUUCUAGCGCAGGGGGCCGUGUUGUUUAUUGAUCUUACACUCUGCAGUAACUUGAUGCUUCUGAGUCUUGUUUGUUCCCUUUCUUUGUCUUUCAAAUUAGAGAUAGCUGUCAGCAUGAUUAAAGAAAAAAGGUCUCAAUGUGGUUUUUAAACGUCCCUAAAAGCUGACGGAAAUCUCUCAGUUGUUUUUUUGUUUUUGUUUCAUAUUUCCUGUGUCGACUACUUUUACUGCCGGGAUAAAAAUGGGAGAUUCUCAUUGUCCCCACUGUUGUUCAUUCUAUAUGAAUGUCUCCUCUGUAUCAUUUUUUAAAGCAGAUUUAGUUGAAUUGGAAUGAGAGCCGUCAAGAAAAUGUCUGUGAUGUAAAAUGUGCAACAAAAACAAUUCGUACAAAACAUAGCUUCUAUAUAUAGCUUCUAUAUAUAAAUAUAAAUAUAUAUAUUCAAAGAAGAAGUAUGAAAUAUAAAGAGUACCACUCCGAUCUUUUCUAAGAAUGUAUUUUGAUUAUGUAAAUGAGCACUAUGACUCUGCUUGAUUUAAAAAGAACAAAAAAAGGCAUAUUUCACGGUGUCUCUCAUACGGGAGUGAGGAGAAAGCAGCAGCAGCAGCAGCAGUAAAUAAAUGCAUGGUGAUUUUCUGUCUCCUGUUCAUAUUUAAAAAGCUCUGUCUAUUUACCAGCACUGUGUCACUCAGUCAGACUGUAUUCGUGGGGUUUUUUCAGCCUUUCUCACAGGGCUCGGGACGAUAAAAAAAACAUUCCAGAGGGGUUUCUUUUUCUGUGUUUGCGUAUUGCUGCUGCUACAAACAAAUCUGAUCCAAUCAGCCUCUGCUAUAAUGACCUUUGUCGUGUUAUUGAUUGAGGAUUUAAUGCAUCAGCUGCGAGGUCUUUGCAUUUACUUACAAAUAAAGAGAAACAUUUACAGAAUAUGUCAACACA